AUAUUCAGUCUCUGUGCAGUUUCCUUGAUGACAGUCUGCUGUCACUCCGCAUGAUGAAGGUGUUCCCUCUCUCCUGUGAAAUGCAGGACGAUAUACAAGAUUGGAUACAAAAACUGGAGGAUCUUGGUAACUGUUCCUCAAUAUCUCUGUUAUGUAUUGGGGUGUUAUGCAGUCCACCUUCCAGUAGAUGUCAGCACAGUGAAGUUAUGCACUUGUUCUGUUGUUAGUCUCUCUUGUGUUAUGUCAUUGUGUGUGUGUGUGUGUUAUGUCAUUAUGUGUGUGUGUGUUAUUGUGUGUGUGUGUUAUUGUGUGUGUGUGAGAUAUGUCAUUGUGUGUGUCUGUGUGUUAUGUCAUUGUGUGUGUGUACUGAAGUAAAGAGAAGUUCUAUUUUACUACAAUGUCUGAGAGCCAUUUUGUGAAUAUAUAACAUGCUAAUACACUAAACUGGUGACGAGGAUGGGAUGUCAGUAAAUGGACACUUCAGAAUAUAUAUAAAGGAAAUAAAAUCACCCUGAGUGAGGAAGUAACACUUUCCUUUUGGAAUUCUAUUAUCUACAAAUAUCUCCAGCAUGGCAUCUCUGGGACACAUGGAGGAAUUUGAUCUGGCUAAUCCAGCCUCAUGGGACCCAUAUGCUGAGCGGUUAGUGUUUUUCCUGGAAGCUAAUAAGGUGGUGGAUGCUAUUCAGAAGAGAGCCGUGUUACUGAGUGUUAUUGGAUUCAAGACGUUUGAUACUGUCCGCUCACUGAUAUCUCCUGCUAAACCACAAGACUGCCCAUUUGAAGAAAUACUGGCACUGUUAAAACAUCAUUUAGCACCCACCCCAUCUGAAACAGUGAGGCGUUUCCAUUUCAAUAGAUGAAAUCAGAAACCAGGUGAAAGCAUUGCAGCAUACAUUGCAGGACUGCGCAGGCUCUCUGAAAAUUGCAAUUUUGGUGCCAGUUUAGAAUCCUUGUUAAGGGACAGGCUUGUGUGUGGAGUGCAAGAUGAAGCACUGCAGAGGAGACUGCUUGCAAGACAGAAUUUAACUUUUAUUAUUGCACAAGAGGAAGCACUCGCAAAUGAGGCUGCCUAUGUCCAUUCAAAAGAGAUACAAUCCUCCUCCAGCAAAGAGAACUCACCUCAACUCUAAGGUUGAAGCUAUCCAUAGAGCUCCGGUUAAUUUUUACCAUUCUCUUCUGCCUGAUAAAGCCACUGUUGCUGAACCUCUGCAUCGUCUACUAGAUAAAGAUGCUCCAUGGAAAUGGGCUGACGUUCAUACUACCGCUUUUAGCGCUGCUAAAAAACUGUUGUCUUCUGACAGUUUGCUUAUACACUGUGAUUGGGAGAAACCGCUCAACCUCACUUGCGAUGCUUCUCGGUGUGGGAGCUUUCCUGGCAGUGUGGGAACUCUCCUGGCAGAGUGGGAACUUUCCUGGCAGUGUGAGAGCUGUUCAGGCAGAGUUGGAGCUCUCCUGGCAGUGUGGGAGCUUUCCUGGCAGUGUGAGAGCUGUCCAGACAGAGUUGGAGCUGUCCUGCCAGUGUGGGAUCUGUCCUGGCAGUGUGGGAGCUGUCCUGGCAGUGUGGGAGCUGUCCUGACAGUGUGGGAGCUCUCCUGGCAGAGUUGGAGCUCUCCUGGCAGUGUGGGAGCUCUCCUGGCAGUGUUGGAGCUCUCCUGGCAGUGUGGGAGCUGUCUUGGCAGUGUGGGAUCUGUCUUGGCAGUGUGGGAGCUUUCCUGGCAGUGUGGCAGCUCUCCUGGCAGUGUGGGAGCUUUCCUGGCAGUGUGGGAGCUCUCCUGGCAGAGUGGGAACUUUCCUGGCAGUGUGAGAGCUGUUCAGGCAGAGUUGGAGCUCUCCUGGCAGUGUGGGAGCUUUCCUGGCAGUGUGAGAGCUGUCCAGACAGAGUUGGAGCUGUCCUGCCAGUGUGGGAGCUCUCCUGCCAGUGUGGGAGCUCUCCUGGCAGAGUGGGAGCUUUCCUGGCAGUGUGGGAGAUUUCCUGGUAGUGUGAGAGCUUUCCUGGCAGUGUGGAGCUCUCCUGGCAGUGUUGGAGCUCUGCCGGCAGUGUGGGAGCUCUCCUGGCAGAGUGGGAGCUCUCCUGGCAGAGUGGGAGCUCUCCGGGCAGUGUGAGAGCUUUCCUGGCAGUGUGAGAGCUGUUCAGGCAGAGUUGGAGCUCUCCUGGCAGUGUGGGAGCUGUCUUGGCAGUGUGGGAUCUGUCUUGGCAGUGUGGGAGCUUUCCUGGCAGUGUGGCAGCUCUCCUGGCAGUGUGGGAGCUUUCCUGGCAGUGUGGGAGCUCUCCUGGCAGAGUGGGAACUUUCCUGGCAGUGUGAGAGCUGUUCAGGCAGAGUUGGAGCUCUCCUGGCAGUGUGGGAGCUUUCCUGGCAGUGUGAGAGCUGUCCAGACAGAGUUGGAGCUGUCCUGGCAGUGUGGGAGCUGUCCUGGCAGUGUGGGAGCUGUCCUGACAGUGUGGGAGCUCUCCUGCCAGUGUGGGAGCUCUCCUGGCAGAGUGGGAACUUUCCUGGCAGUGUGAGAGCUGUUCAGGCAGAGUUGGAGCUCUCCUGGCAGUGUGGGAGCUUUCCUGGCAGUGUGAGAGCUGUUCAGGCAGAGUUGGAACUCUCCUGGCAGUGUGGCAGCUGUCCUGGUAGUGUGAGAGCUUUUCUGGCAGUGUGGAGCUCUCCUGGCAGUGUUGGAGCUGUCCAGACAGAGUUGGAGCUUUCCUGGCAGUGUGAGAGCUGUUCAGGCAGAGUUGGAGCUCUCCUGGCAGUGUGGGAGCUGUCUCGGCAGUGUGGGAUCUGUCUUGGCAGUGUGGGAGCUUUCCUGGCAGUGUGGCAGCUCUCCAGGCAGUGUGGGAGCUCUCCUGGCAGUGUGGUAGCUCUCCUGGCAGUGUGGGAGCUUUCCUGGCAGUGUGGGAGCUGUCCUGACAGUGUGGGAGCUCUCCACAGUGUGGGAGAUUUCCUGGUAGUGUGAGAGCUUUCCUGGUAGUGUGGAGCUCUCCUGGCAGUGUUGGAGCUCUCCCGGCAGUGUGGGAGCUUUCCUGGCAGUGUGGGAGCUCUCCUGGCAGAGUGGGAGCUCUCCUGGCAGUGUGGGAGCUUUCCUGGCAGUGUGAGAGCUGUUCAGGUAGAGUUGGAACUCUCCUGGCAGUGUGGGAGCUGUCCUGGCAGUGUGGGAGCUGUCCUGACAGUGUGGGAGCUCUCCUGGCAGAGUGGGAGCUGUCCUGGCAGUGUGGGUGCUCUCCUGGCAGAGUGGGUGCUCUCCUGGCAGUGUGGGAGCUUUCCUGGCAGUGUGAGAGCUGUUCAGGCAGAGUUGGAGCUCUCCUGGCAGUGUGGGAGCUGUCUUGGCAGUGUGGGAUCUGUCAUGGCAGUGUGGGAGCUUUCCUGGCAGUGUGGGAGCUUUCCUGGCAGUGUGGGAGCUGUCCUGACAGUGUGGGAGCUCUCCUGCCAGUGUGGGAGCUCUCCUGGUAGAGUGGGAGCUUUCCUGGCAGUGUGGGAGAUUUCCUGGUAGUGUGAGAGCUUUCCUGGCAGUGUUGGAGCUCUCCCGGCAGUGUGGGAGCUUUCCUGGCAGUGUGGGAGCUCUCCUGGCAGAGUGGGAGCUCUCCGGGCAGUGUGGGAGCUUUCCUGGCAGUGUCAGAGCUGUUCAGGCAGAGUUGGAACUCUCCUGGCAGUGUGGGAGCUUUCCUGGCAGCGUGAGAGCUGUCCUGACAGUGUGGGAGCUGUCCUGACAGUGUGGGUGCUCUCCUGGCAGAGUGAGAGCUCUCCUGGCAGAGUGAGAGGUAUCCAGGCAGUGUGGGAGCUGCCCUGGCAGUGUGGGACAUAUCCUAGCAGAGUGAGAGCUCCCUUGGCAGUGUGGGAGCUUUCCUGGCAGUGUGGGAGCUUUCCUUGCAGUGUGAGAGCUCUCUUGGCAGUGUGAGAGCUUUCCUGGCAGUGUGGAGCUCUCCUGGCAGUGUUGGAGCUCUCCUGGCAGUGUGGAACCUGUCCUGGCAGUGUGGGAGCUUUCCUGACAGAGUGAGAGCUCUCCUGGCAGAGUGAGAGCUCUCCUGGCAGAGUGGGAGCUCUCCUGGCAGAGUGGUAGCUGUCCUGGCAGUGUGGUAGCUCUCCUGGCAGUGUGGGAGCUUUCCUGGCAGUGUGGGAGCUGUCCUGACAGUGUGGGAGCUCUCCACAGUGUGGGAGAUUUCCUGGUAGUGUGAGAGCUUUCCUGGUAGUGUGGAGCUCUCCUGGCAGUGUUGGAGCUCUCCCGGCAGUGUGGGAGCUUUCCUGGCAGUGUGGGAGCUCUCCUGGCAGAGUGGGAGCUCUCCUGGCAGUGUGGGAGCUUUCCUGGCAGUGUGAGAGCUGUUCAGGUAGAGUUGGAGCUCUCCUGGCAGUGUGGGAGCUGUCCUGGCAGUGUGGGAGCUGUCCUGACAGUGUGGGAGCUCUCCUGGCAGAGUGGGAGCUGUCCUGGCAGUGUGGGUGCUCUCCUGGCAGAGUGGGUGCUCUCCUGGCAGUGUGGGAGCUUUCCUGGCAGUGUGAGAGCUGUUCAGGCAGAGUUGGAGCUCUCCUGGCAGUGUGGGAGCUGUCUUGGCAGUGUGGGAUCUGUCAUGGCAGUGUGGGAGCUUUCCUGGCAGUGUGGGAGCUUUCCUGGCAGUGUGGGAGCUGUCCUGACAGUGUGGGAGCUCUCCUGCCAGUGUGGGAGCUCUCCUGGUAGAGUGGGAGCUUUCCUGGCAGUGUGGGAGAUUUCCUGGUAGUGUGAGAGCUUUCCUGGCAGUGUUGGAGCUCUCCCGGCAGUGUGGGAGCUUUCCUGGCAGUGUGGGAGCUCUCCUGGCAGAGUGGGAGCUCUCCGGGCAGUGUGGGAGCUUUCCUGGCAGUGUCAGAGCUGUUCAGGCAGAGUUGGAACUCUCCUGGCAGUGUGGGAGCUUUCCUGGCAGCGUGAGAGCUGUCCUGACAGUGUGGGAGCUGUCCUGACAGUGUGGGUGCUCUCCUGGCAGAGUGAGAGCUCUCCUGGCAGAGUGAGAGGUAUCCAGGCAGUGUGGGAGCUGCCCUGGCAGUGUGGGACAUAUCCUAGCAGAGUGAGAGCUCCCUUGGCAGUGUGGGAGCUUUCCUGGCAGUGUGGGAGCUUUCCUUGCAGUGUGAGAGCUCUCUUGGCAGUGUGAGAGCUUUCCUGGCAGUGUGGAGCUCUCCUGGCAGUGUUGGAGCUCUCCUGGCAGUGUGGAACCUGUCCUGGCAGUGUGGGAGCUUUCCUGACAGAGUGAGAGCUCUCCUGGCAGAGUGAGAGCUCUCCUGGCAGAGUGGGAGCUCUCCUGGCAGAGUGGUAGCUGUCCUGGCAGUGUGGGUGCUCUACUGGCAGAGUGGGUGCUCUCCUGGCAGUGUGGGAGCUUUCCUGGCAGUGUGAGAGCUGUUCAGGCAGAGUUGGAGCUCUCCUGGCAGUGUGGGAGCUGUCCUGACAGUGUGGGAUCUGUCCUGGCAUUGUGGGAGCUCUCCUGGCAGUGUGGGAGCUGUCCUGGCAGUGUGGGAGCUGUCCUGGCAGUGUGGGAUCUGUCCUGACAGUGUGGGAUCUGUCCUGACAGUGUGGGAUCUCUCCUGGCAGUGUGGGAGCUUUCCUGGCAGUGUGGGAGCUUUCCUGGCAGUAUGGGAGCUCUCCUGGCAGUGUUGGAGCUCUCCUGGCAGUGUGGAAGCUUUCCUGGCAGUGUUGGAGCUUUGCUGGCAGAGUGAGAGCUUUCCUGACAGAUUGAGAGCUUUCCUGGCAGAGUGGGAGCUCUCCUGGUAGAGUGGGACCUGUCCUGGCAGUGUGUGUGCUCUCCUUGCAGAGUAGGUGCUCUCCUGGCAGAGUGGGUGCUCUCCUGACAGAGUUGGAGCUCACUUGGCAGAGUUGGGAGCUCUUGGCAAAGUUGAAGCUCUCCUGGCAGAGUUGGAGCUCUCCUGGCAGUGUGGGAGUUGUUCAGGCAGUGUGGGAGCUUUCCUGGCAGUGUCUUUCCUGGCAGUCUCUGUAAUGGCGAGGUCGGUUUUGCCACAGUCUCUUUGUUGCCAGUUGGCUAUCCUGGCUGUCUGGGAAUUCCCUUUGGUUGUCUGGGAGCACUUUAGACUGUCUAAACAAUAUACAAACUGUAUACCUGGUUAGUUGAACAAUAAUAAAAGUAACACUAACAGGAUAUACUAACUAGUGAAACAUAGCUUCAUAUAUCCGCUAGAUCAGACAAUGUUGGCUAGCUGGGAUUGUUUUUUUUUUUUUUGGGGGGAGGGGGGGUCAGUUAAUAUAAUCUUGCUAUAAGCAAAGUUGUUUCAGCAGGUAGUUGUCAUGAAACAUCCAGGCAUGAUGUCAAGGAAAAGUGUAAUAUAUUACAUUAUUUACAAAAUACUGACAAACAGCAUCAUUUCUAUUUAUCAUAUCAUUCACUGUCUAUUACUGCUCCCCUGUAUCACACAGGUUGUAUCUCUCUUUAACCAGAACUGUCUCUAUAUCCUUUAGAUCUGUCUUGGUCUCUCUGUGUGUAUCUGUCUCUAACACUGUUUCUCUCGGUCACACUAACUGUCUUGCCCUCCUAGAUUACAAUCUGGGUCUCUGGAUUCAGUUCCAGGAGAAAUGGGUCUUUAUUAUGAAGGUCCUACAUGAGAUGGAAGUCCCUCUGCUAUUUUCAGAUAACAAGGUAUGUUCUUUACUUCAUAACGGUAGGUCAGACUGCACGCUAUAUGAGACAUAAAAUAAGCUGUGUGAGGCACUGUUUAUAUUAGGCAUGGAAACAGAUUUUAUGAAGAUCCAGUAAUGGGUUAUACAACACCAAAUAACAAACAAGACUUCAGUAAGAUUUCUAGUGCCUUUUAUCAGGUUACACGUGAUCCAUUCAUAGCUUAUAGAAUAUCAAGUGAUAGGAUUUGGGGUUCUAUUAGUUAAUUAGGUCAUACAAUGUACAGGAAUGGUUUAUUAUUGGUUUCUUUAUUUUGCCCUACAGAUGACGCAGUUCCAGAUGGUUGAUCAAGAUUACCGUUCCUUUCUGAACAAGAUUGUCCAAGAUCCGCGAGUCAUGUCCUUUCUCGGUCACACCUGUAGGAGACAUGAACAGAACCUUCGUAAAACAGAUCUUGGUUUUGAUUUCCACAAAGGUAUCAGUGUGAUGGAAGAGACAUUGGGAGAAGUGAAGUAUGUGCUGGACUCUUCACGAUCUCUUUUCUAUCGAUUUUUCUUUCUGGGUGACAAGGAUCUUCUGAGCGUUCUGUCAGCACCUGCAGAACCUAGAGCUCUCACUCAGUGUGCCUUGAUCUGCUUCCCCAGCCUCAGAAAUGUGCUCUAUCAAGCUCAGACCACCCAAAUAUAUGAGACGGCCAUGGACAAUAGUCAUAUACUAGCCACCGGGAUAGAAGGGAACUGUGGUGAGAGACUGAAUUUAAGAUUCCCAAUCUGUGGAAGUCUAAGUAAUACUUCAUGGCUAUCAAUGCUAGACCAGGAAUUGAGGGAAAGUGUUAGAAGUCAACUGGAACUUUGUUUAAGUGAGUAUCGGAAAGUGGAAUUCCUCAAUCUCAAAAAUUCUGAUUUAUCAAAGCAGUGGUCUGAACAUUUGACUAUCUAUCCCUGGCAGUGCCUGGCAGUAAGCCAAGAGGUACUUUGGUGUGAACAGGUAGAAGCCCAUAUAUUCAGCCAUCAGGGAGCGUUGCUAAGAGAGAGAUACAACAAGAAACUUGAGAUCCUCGUACAGGUGCUGCGAGAUUCUUAUAGAGCACUCGGUCUCCCUAAAGAAGCCCUUUGUCAGAGACAAGCUGUCCUCUCUAGCUGGAUCAUGCUCUGUUCUCAGCAGAGAGACCGCAUCAACACUUUGCUGAAAGGCAAAAUUGACCCACUUGAAAGUUUUUCAUGGGCCAAGAUGAUAAAAUAUAGAGCCCUUGCAGAACCUGAAUGCAGAGAGAACAAAUUGCCCAGCCAAGUGACUGCAAAUGUUAAAUGCCUAGGUGAUAUAUCAGCAGGAGGAUUGACUCCCCUUGUUUAUUUUGUGGAAAUCCUUAGGUUUCAGUUUCCAUAUGAAUAUGAGUAUAUUGGGCUAGAGAGUGGCACUAUUUAUGGUACAUUCUCUGACAGAUCCACAUUGGGUCUGAUUCUGGCAUUGAAGCAAUACCAGUGUGGUACUGUUAUUGGCCAAGAUGAGGAGAGCAGGAUUCACACAGUAGUCGCUCUUGGCAAAGCCUUGGGACGCCAUAUUGUUAUCCUAAAAUGCUGGGGUGGAAUAGAUCUGGGCAGGUUGAGUCAGCACCUGCACGGCGCACUGCAGGGAAACGCAUGGCUAAUUCUGGAUGGUGCACACAGACUGAAAAGAGAUGUUCAGUCAUUACUGGGACAGCUUCUUUGCCAAAUUCAAUCCUCCUGUUAUCUUCUGAAGUUUCCUGGGGGUAUAAGCUCAGGGUUGAGCCCUUUGAAUGAACAGUUUCUACCCAAAGUGAUUGGCCACAUCCAGUUUGAGGGAAGAACAGUUUCUGUGGGGCGAAGUUAUGGCUGUUUCAUGACUCUCCCUAACCUUAAUUCUUCCAGUGAGCUCCCAUCCAACCUAUGCCUCGUUCUGAGGCCUGUGUCCUUACUUACACCAGACCUACGCUUUACUGCUAAACUAGCUUUGCUCACAGCUGGCUUCCAGAAGACAGUGUGCUUGGCCAGGAAGAUCUCCUGCUUUUUCCAACUUGUGCAGGACUCAGGGCUUGUAUCACCAAUCAGCUGUUGCCUUCUAGUAAACCGUGCAAUCCACUUGGCUGCUUCCUUUAUGAGAGCUACUGACGCAUCUGAAAGGACUAAUAAUGGUGACAGCAUGCAGCUUAAUGGAGGGAUAGCAUCCAUAACAACCCCACAAGCUCAUACUGAACAACAUUUUACUCAAAGUCGCACUCCUGACUCACAGGAGGAAUCCAGUUUAAUCAAAGCAAUUAAUGCCUCACCAUUCUGGUCUGGUCUUUCAACUGCUGAGAUAAAUUAUCUGAGGGGAAUCCUCCAAAGUAUCUUCCCAAUAUGUCCCCCCAUGGAGCCUUGUAAUGAGCAUUUUGGGGACACGCUCCUCUGUGCCAUAAAGCUGGUCUUGCAGGAGUCUGGACUUGAAGCUCAUGCAGGUCUCGAUUGUAGUGCUCAGCAGCUUUUUAAUGCUCUUCAGCACAGCACUGGAGUCCUGCUUACUGGCUGUCCUGGCAGUGGGAAAACUACAUGUUGGAGAAUUCUGUCACAUGCUCUGAGCCACCUUGCAAGCUGUGUAGAGCAGCCAGGAGCCACAGAAGAGAAAAACUUCUCAUGCAGUCACCAAACUGUGCAAACUGAACAUUUGUUCCCCAAUAGCUUUACAAUUAAUGAACUGUAUGGAGAGAUGCACGAUAGAAGCUGGAGACAAGGCAUCUUCUCAUCUAUCCUAAGCAGAGUUCCUCAGGACCAUAGAGCCCAAAAGUGGUUAGUACUAGAUGGGUCAUCCAGCCCACAUUGGGCAGAACCAAUUUCUUUUCUUUUUGGAUCUUAUCCAGCAUUGACAUUGUCUAAUGGUGAGCAUCUUCAGCUUCCUGAGUCUAUCAAGAUUUUGUUUGAGAUGGCAGACACAUCCAACAUUACUCCUGCUAUGUCCACACUCUGUAGCUUUGUACACUGUGGGGGGGAGAACACUUGGAGGGCAAUUUUAGCAGCUUUCAAAUCCAAGCUGUACUUGAAAUACAGAUUAACCUUGAAUACACUUAAUCUACUUCAAAGUCUAAGUGACAGCUUGGUACCCAGCACACUUGUAUUUCUGGAGUCAUCCUGCACCUCUGCUCUAUACCCUCAUACUGCACAGUCUGCAUACUCAAUGCAAGGGGUACAAGAAGUCUCCUCUUUCUGUAAUAUCCUUCAAGCUUUGUUGGAUCAAUAUCUACUACAGGAUCAUGUGUCAAGUAAAACAUUUCAACCACAGGAAAAAGCACAGGAUCUCUCUGGAGAAACACAGGUACUGGGAGACCACAGAGAGGACCCAAGAGACCAUGCACCCACAAAAGCACCCACAGACGCACCCACAGAAGCUGGUGAGUUUACACUGUAAUUAGUUGAUAAGAUAAACUGUAUUUAUUGAUCACAUUUAAUCAGUUUUUCUAAAUUUUACAGAUCAUACUAACAAACCGGUUGGAGAAGUUUUAGACCUCUCCUCGUUUGACCAAUAUAUUUCACCUCUCAAUCACCAUUUGGCACUAUCCUGCUUUGUCUACUCCUUCAUCUGGGGCUUUGCGGGACACCUUGACCCUAAGUAAGUAUCAUACUCUCAUGACCAUCCACCAAUAGUAUGACAAACUAACUAUGAAACAACUCAUGUCAUGUCCACAAUCAAACCGUAUAAAAAAUAAAACUAUAAUCCAAGCAACACUUAAUAUAACUUCACAAUAAUAAGGAGAACGAAUUACACAUUUGGGCAGGAGCAACCAUAGAACUGUGCUGUCAACUAUAGAACUGUGGACUCUAUAGAUAGUCUCUAGAACCUAGACUUUCAACAUAUGUUCUCUUUUAAACUCAAUGCAAACCCCUUGAAAUACCUAAACAAAUCCUAGAAAUAAUUUCUCCAUAAUUCUGCUUGCAUGAACUCCAGUGUUGCAAGCCUUCACCUACCGAUCCAUGAUCCUCUUUCACACACUCAUCUAUAACCUUAAUUUUCCAUACCAAAGCAUGGUCUUAUUUUUCCUAUCUGCUCAUGGCCCACUUUUUCCUGCCCACCUUUUGCUUCCUCCAUUCUGGCUUUUUAUUCUCCAAUCAACAUGGGCCUUCUUUAUCCACAUCCAUUCAUGAUCUUGCUUCUUCUCGACAACCAAAUAGCCUUCUCCUCCACCAAUCAAUGGUUCUUCUCUUCUUAUGGUGUUUUUUUUUCCUCUGCCAAUAAAUGUAUCUCCUCCAUUCAACUGACUGCUCAACCUAUUGUUUUUAUUGUAGGCAUCGUCCUCAGUUUGAAAUCUUUUUGCGUGGGAUACUUUCAGAUUGUCUUUUACAAGUUGAUAUUCCCCUAAACGUGUCUAUAUUUGAUAUUUCUCUGAAUCCUGAAGCAGGAGUUCUUGUUCCCUGUCCUUCACCACCAACUCUGAUGGAAUCGAUCAGAAGCAACCUUAUUAUACCACAGGUAAUGAGUUUUGUGAACUAUUAAUUAUAGUUUUAGAUUUGGGACAUAUUCCUUCAUCCACACAACAUUUAAAAAGUGACAUAUGUAGGAUAUGUUCCAUCACCCACAGUGUUUACAAUGUAACAUGUAGGACAUACUCCAUUACCCACAGUGUUUAGAACCUGACACGUGUAGGACAUAUUCCAUCAACCACACAGUUUUUAGAAUGUGACAUGUAGGACAUAUUCUAUCAACCACACAGUUUUUAGAAUGUGACAUGUAGGACAUAUUCCAUCAACCACACAGUUUUUAGAAUGUGACACGUGUGGACAUGUUCCAUCACCCACCCAGUGUUUUGAAUGUGACAUGUAGGACAUGUUCCAUGAUCCACACAGUGUUUAGAAUGUGACAUGUAUGGCAUAUUCCAUCACCCACACAGUGUUUAGAAUGUAACAUUGUGAUGGAUGUCCUGAUUUGUUUGGUGCAAGCCACAAGCUUGUGGCACCAUUUUUGUGACUGUUUUCUAUGUAUCUAAGUAUCUCUGUAUUACAUGCAUCUGUGUAUUGUGUACCUGUAUUAUACAGAGUUCAGUAUGUGUCUAUAUAUGCAGCUGUGGGUCAACAGAGGGCAGCUCUCUAUUCAGGCAUAAAGUAUAGGUAGGUGUGAAACGUAUAUUGUGGGCUAAUCAAGUUAAAUGCUGCACUGUGAGUGACCACCUGCUGUGGGAGCCAGCAAGUCUAUCUUCUUCAGCAAAGGGCAGUGGAUCCAAUCAAGAUAACCUUUUGUUAUCAUGGUGUAUUGGCACAGGGGGAGGUGGUAACUAGUGUAAGGAAUCAUUUUGUAGCUUUGUAGUUCUUUUCCUGUGACCUGUUCUGUAUUCCUAUUGGUGGAAGUUUUGUGUAAUGUUUAUUUUACUGUAUGCUGUGAUCUUUGUAAGCUGGAACUGGAUACAAUAAAUGGAGGCAGAGUGAGUCUGAGUUCUAAGGAGUUGCCGGGGUUGUCUCUUCCUUGAGGUCUAACAAGAUAUGGCUAUUCAUUGUCCUCUAUAGAGUAAUUACUAAUAAGACGACUGGAUGGAUAGAAUAUCAUAUAGUAACAAGAUACCAGCUCAAUAUAACCUGUGUAUGCUACCAAAGAGGAGUCAUAGCAUUUAGUGGAGCAGUUUAGUGGUGCAAGUUAUGUAAAAAGAAUACCCACGGACGAUAUAUUAGGCUGUAUCGUCACAGACAUGUAGGACAUAUUCCAUCACUCACACAGUAUUUAGAACCUGGCAUGUGUAGGAAAUGUUCCAUCACCCACCCAUGGUUUAGAACCUGACACGUGUAGGACAUGUUCCAUCACCCACACAGUAUUUAGAACCUAGCAUGUAGGACAUAUUCCAUCACCCACACAGUGUUUAGAAUGUGACAUGUAGAACAUGUUCCAUCAACCCACGUAGUGUUUAGAUAAUGGUAACAGGUAAGCAGGCUUUAUGCUGUGAUGCUAUCCUGAAAUUAUAUUAUAGUAUAUUUUUGAGUAACAAUUGUGUAAAGAGACUGCUGCUAAACUGUUAAUUCCCCUGGUUUCCCUGUUGUGUAUGUACUGUCUUGGCAGGGGUCUCCCUCCCUUUUGUGUAUUUUCCCUAUCGUGCACCUGUAGUUUACUCUGUGUUCAUCUAUACUGCCUGCUCCCUGUUCGGGAGGCCGCCACCAAAUUAAUCCAUUCACCUCCCGAACAGGGACCACCUCGAUCCCUCAUUUAGAAUGUUGUUUUAGAACGGUCGCACCUCGUAACGAGGUGUCAAAACCGCAAACUACAAGGGAAGCCUCAGCGCGUGCCUCCCUGUGUGGCAUCCUGUUUGUUAGAUGAACACCAUCCAGGAGGAGCAUUUGUGGAUUGCUUCCCACAUCAUUCGGUUCUCGAACGAGGACCUCCCCAGUGCCCUUUGGAGUGUUCGCACCAAUCAAUUAGAACAUUGUAAACUCGCAACAUAAGUGUGAAACCGCAAGGGAAGUAAUUAAUGAGUGCUUCCCUGGGUGGCUGCCGUUCCUACAGAUGGGCGUCUGCAAGGGGGAGCAUUCGUGUCCCGAAUAGAGACGCUUCCCUUGCCUGGUUUCACCCAGGGACCCUGUGAACAGAGGCUGUUUGUGGCAGUGACUGUUUUGGGGGUCCCUGAGAUUGGUGGGGACACUCUUUGGGGCGUGCUUUCUGUAGCUGGGAGUUUUCCCGUGCUGGGGCUCCCAGGUACAGAGGCUCAUGGGAUGAAGACCCCUUGUCACUAGAGGUGGGAAGCCCUGAGGAUGGGUGGUGGGAACAGGGGGCAAAGGGACUGGGGUUCCAAGUCCAUUAUACGACCCCUGGGAGGACUCAGGGAGGGGACAUUGUCUUUAUGUGUGAUCCACCCCUUGCAUGGGGAAAAAUAUAAAGCCAAGUGCGAGCAAUAAAGUUGUUAUACCUCUGGAACUGUUUCUGGGGGGAAAUGGGUCUUUUUAUUAAUAGUGGAGGUAACCAGCCGAGUUAACGAGGGACAGCUACAAAUUUCCCACCUCUUAUUUAAUUUUUUUUAAUUUUUUUUUUUUUGUUCUGUAUGUAAAGUCAAUAUGCUUAUCUUAAAGUGGCUAUGACUAUUACAUUUCACUUAUUUUAAGUAGGUUAAAGUGGCCAAUGGUAGCCCCAGCAACUGUGACAGUUUGACAUUUAGUAUUAAUUCCAAUACAUCCAAAUUUCAGCCAAUUGGCUGUUCAUUCAAUUUCAGUAACUAUGAAGUGCCAUAUAAACAUAUAACUGAACAAGUGACUCUGAGCAAUGGACACGCAUGUUGGUUUCAUCUCUAAUUUGGAUUUCUGUCUAUGAUUGAUGAAGUCAAGUGAGAAGUAACCAAUAGAGAGAAUAACAGAAGAAGCUCUAUUUAUAUAUUAUCUAUUUAAUAAAUAAGGAAUAUACAUAAACAUAUACAAAUAUUUUUAUUUUUUCUGCUCUUCCUGUUUUUCCCUCUUUUUCUAACUUUAUCUGUGAACCAAAUGGUGCGUGUGAGAAAACCAGCAGGGAUUUCGUGGUUUUCUCUGGACAUUCGUUUAUUUUUACCUCAUUCAUUUAUUUUAAGCAAUAUUGGUUCGGUAGAUUAAAACUACCGAACACCGACCACCCUCCUGGCUCAUUAACUUCAAAGAGGAACCGUCAAUUAAGCACUCUCUCGGGGUGGCCGCCAUUCGUAAAGCCGAACGCCACAUGGCAGCGAAAACGGCGGCCAUCUUGUUUGCACAAAAGGAGGCAGCGGGACUUGGUCGUCGAGUGUCUGUGGAACUAAAAUCGGACACUCGACUUCCCGAACACUGCUGAAAAUAUACGAACGCCUGCUUCCUUUUGUUGCCGAACAGCUAGGGUAGCGCCAUUCGGUAGUUUGGUUCCCACGAACAAGGAGGCUCUACUCGUGGAUUAAUUCGUUUAUUUGACAUUUUUAAAAUUGACCGACCGCAUACACUGAAUUUGUGGAACUAUUUUGGGCAGGAGCCUUGUGUGCGGUCGGUGACUUAAGACUUCCACACUUUCACCAAUCUGGGUGAAAUUUGAAUAUGUUGGUCUCCCAGAUCGGGGCUAUCAGGGGAUAUGUUAUUUUUGGGGAUACCCUAAAGUUAAAGGGGUGUUCUGGGUUUUGGGGAAAAUGUGUCCGCUUUGCCUGGAGAUAAUUGGGUUAUUCCUUAACUUAUCUCAUUAUCUCCCAGGCAGAGAGAGGGAGUGUUUUAUUUUAGCUGUACAAUGUGAUUUUCUAUUGUGCUUGUGUACUGUGGGAGGUCCUAUUGCAGGGGGACCUCCAUAAAAGCCUGUGUGGUCUCAAUAAACACCAUUCUUGUUACACCCUUCAUGUUUCGGCUGGUGUUUGGGCAGGGAUGGACUGACAGCCUCCUGGGCCCCCGGACAAAAUUAGAUCCAGGGCCCUUCAAGACAAAAUAUUAAAGGAGCACUAUAGUGCCCCCCUCCCGCUGGGCUGAAGGGGUUAAAACCCGUUCAACCACUUACCUUUCUCCUGCGCCGGGCUCCCUCGGCUCUGGGGAAUUCUCGCAUUCUCGAAUUCAGCGCACGCAUUCACAGUAUGAAUCGCGGAAGCACCUCUAGCAGCUGUCAGUGAGACAGCCACAGAAGCUGGAUUAACCCUUAGUGAAACAUAGCAGUUUCUCUGAAACUGCUUUGUUUUCAGCUGCAGGGUUAAAACUAGAGGGACCUGGCACCCAGACCACUUCAUUGAGCUGAAGUGGUCUGGGUGCCUAUAGUGGUCCUUUAAGGACUAAGUAAAUGUUAAAAAUAAUUUUAAAGUAAGUAGUCAAACAGUUUGAGAACAGUUUGACAACUUACCUGGGGUCUGCUAUGAUAUGAGGCUGUAGUAGGGCAUAGGGGCAAUGGUGUGUGUGAGUGGUGCAGUGUGUGUGAAAGGUUCAGUGUGUGUGUGUGGGGGGUGUAGUGAGUGAAUGUGUAGGGUGUGUGGGGCAAUGUGUGUGUGUAUGUGGGGCUGUGUAUGUGUGUGUGUUGGCAGUGUAUGUGUAUGGGGGGCAGUGUGUGAAUGUGUAUGGUGUCAGGGCAGUGUAUGUGUGUCGGGGCAAUGUGUGUAUGGGGAGGGCAGUGUGUGGGGGCAAUGUAUGUAUGUGCAUGGUGUGUGUGUGGGGGCAGUGUAAGUGUGGGGGCAGUGUGUGUGUAUGUGUACGGUGUGUGUGGGGGCAGUGUGUGUAUGGGGGGCAGUGUAUGUAUGUGUGGGGCAAUGUGUGUGUGUGUAUAUAUGUGUGGGCAGUGUAUGCAGUGUGUGUGUAUAUAUGGGUGGGCAGUAUGUGAAUAUAUGGGUGGGCAGUGUGUGAUAUAUGGGUGGGCAGUGUGUGAAUAUAUGGGUGGGCAGUGUGUGUGUAUAUAUAUGGGUGGGCAGUGUAUGCAGUGUGUGUGUGUGUGUGUGUGUGGGCAGUGUAUGCAGUGUAUGUGUAUAUAUGGGUGGGCAGUGUGUGUGGGGCAGUGUGUGUGUGUGCAUAUGUGUAUAUAUAUAUGGGUGGGCAGUGUGUGUAUAUGGGUGGGCAGUGUAUGUAUAUGGGUGGGCAGUGUGUGUAUAUGGGUGGGCAGUGUGUGUGUAUAUGGUGGGCAGUGUAUGUAUAUGGGUGGGCAGUGUGUAUAUAUGGGUGGGCAGUGUAUGUAUAUAGGUGGGUAGUGUAUGUAUAUGGGUGGGCAGUGUAUGUAUAUAGGUGGGCAGUGUAUAUAUAUAUGGGUGGGCAGUGUGUGUAUAUGGGUGGGCAGUGUAUAUAUAUAGGUGGGUAGUGUAUGUAUAUGGGUGGGCAGUGUAUAUAUACAGGUGGGUAGUGUAUGUAUAUGGGUGGGCAGUGUAUGUAUAUAGGUGGGCAGUGUGUGUAUAUGGGUGGGCAGUGUAUAUGUGGGUAGUGUAUGGGGUGGGCAGUGUGUGUAUAUGGGUGGGCAGUGUAUAUGUAUAUGGGUGGGCAGUGUGUGUAUAUGGGUGGGCAGUGUGUGUAUAUGGGUGGGCAAUGUAUGUAUAUGGGUGGGCAGUGUAUGUAUAUAGGUGGGCAGUGUAUAUAUAUGGGUGGGCGGUGUGUGUAUAUGGGUGGGCAGUGUAUGUACAUGGGUGGGCAGUGUGUGUAUAUGGGUGGGCAGUGUAUGUAUAUAGGUGGGCAGUGUGUGUAUAUAGGUGGGCAGUGUGUGUAUUUAGGUGGGCAGUGUAUGUAUAUAGGUGGGCAGUGUGUGUAUAUGGGUGGGCAGUGUAUGUAUAUGGGUGGGGGACAGUGUAUGUGUGUGGGGGCAGUGUGUGUAUGGGCCUGCUUAUCUGUACAAUGUGAUGUUUUUCUUCCUCCAGCAGCAGUGGGGCAGACAGGCUCCUUCUCACCCUUCAAAAAACAAAUAUGAAUACCGCACUCAAAAAAAUUGUUGUAGUGAAGUCUAAACUUGUACUGAAUUGCAAAAAUAUUUAUUAUAAUAGUAAUUCAUAAGUUAAUCAAGUAAAUCUUAGUGAAAUUCAUUCCAAUCAUAUAUACACAUAGAUUAUUUACAUAUAUACACACAAAAACCUCCCUGUGCUGAAUUUCAUAAGUUAUAUAUCUAUAUACACUGGUUACUGAUCCAAAAACUGAAAAAAUGAAAUGUCCAGAGAAAAAUACUGAAUGAUGAAAAAAACAGAAAAAGAAAAAAUGGAAAAAAUGGAAAAAAGAAAAAAAAGAAAAAAAAAAGGAAAAGCAAAAGAAAAAAUGUAUAUAUUCCAGUCCUAUUAAUAGUCCCAGAUAUAGUGCACUAUAUAAUUCAUAUAAUCCAUAAAUAUAUGGAUGGAUCUCACCAAAAAUACGAAAACUUGAUAGUAUAUUCAGUAUACUAUCAUCCACGCUGUAUGUGUGCUCCGUGUGAGAGGGAAGCAGGUGGUGAUGUCACUUCCUGCCCCGCCUCCCAUCCUCACACGGAGCACUGAGCACGGAGCAGGGAGCAGGGGGAGAGAGAGAGGAGACCUGGCAGUGAGAGGUGUGCUGCCAGGUCUCUCACUGAAUGGGGAGGGGUAUUUGCAGACUGAUGGGUUGCAGGGGCCCUUAGAGUCAUUAUGGGCCCCUGCAACCUUCUUACAGCGCUUUCUUACUUCUGCUGUGGAGAUCUCUGAUCUGAUCUCCACAGCAGAAGCAUGACUGUGCUGCCGGGCCCCCUGACUGACUCGGGCCCUCGGUCCAUGACCGAUCUGCCCGACCUGUCAGUCCGCCCCUGUGUUUGGGUAUCUGAUUGCUAUUUGGGAAAACUGCACUAGAGGAUUUUGUGUCUUUGGGAUUUAACUGACGAAUAAAAGAACUGAAAAUCAUACGAACCACUAGCUACCACUUCAGGGUUCGUUACAGUGGGUGAAUGCGACUCUCUAUGUAAUAUAUUUAACAGUGCACUGAUUGGCCCAUUUGGCAACCUUAUAGUCCAUCCGAAUUGACGAUAUUCAGAUGAGCCAAGCUGCUAGAUAGACAACUAUCGGACUACCGAAGCAAAUUAUUAUUUUUUUGGUUAGGUGAUUUGGCUGGGACAAAUGUUUUUUCUCUGUUCAUUAGUCUAGUUGCAGUUACUAAGGCCGACAAACCAUCAUGUAAGUUGUAGUUCUUCAACAGCUGAGGGUACCACUUGGCUACCUCUGAAGUAGAGAAGAUUCAUAAAAAAAAAGAGAUAAGUUAGCAAACAUUCCAAAAAGUGUAUUCUUUUCAGGUGGUUGGUGUAGUAAAGUGGUCAAACCUGCCCUUUGCAAACUACAAUGGUCAUUAUAGUGAUUCAUUAUACAUUUUCCCUGCAUGUGUCUUUAUUUUGCAGUUUGAGAGCAUCAUGGUUGCUGCAAGAUCUCUGGUCUGCUCUGGCCUCCCGGUUCUGCUAGUUGGACCUCCUGGCUGUGGAAAGACGAGCCUUGCACAGACAGUGACCUUCCAUGGAGCAUUAUUCCACAGGAUUCCUAUUAACUCCCUAUUGCGUCCUGGUCAUCUACGCCAACACCUUAAUACUCACCAUGAAAAUGCCACUGCAGUAAGACCAAGAAGCAUUAUCCAUGGGAGUCGACUUAGACAUCUUUUCCUCUUGGAUGAUCUGCACAAAGCUUCAUUUGGUGAGAUACAGAUGCUGUCCACGUGUCUAACUAUCAUUGGAUCCAAAUAGAGGGUUAGGGUUACCAGUCUUUAUGCUACCAUUGGGCUUCUAGCUUUAUUUAUCUAAUUGUUCAGGUUGUUUGGCCUCAAUGCUCUUUAUAAGUGUUUUUUCUAUUUGGUAUUACUUUUGUUUUUUGUGUCAUGUUUACCUUGUUUAUCUGCUUCGCUGUUUGUAAAAAAGUUUUCCCCUUUCAAGUGUUUCCUCCAGCUUGCUAGUGAAAUUGUUCUACAUGGUAUGACCCUUUUUAUGCAAAAUGAGAACCUGCCUGGCAACUCUUAAGUUGAGACCCCUCCUUGGCAAUUCACAGUUUGAGAGUUACCCCCUCAUUGGCAACUCUCAAACUGAGAUCCCCGCUUGGCAACACUUGAACUGAGACCCCCCCCUUGGCAACUCUCACACUUAGACACCACCCUCCUCCCCUGCCCCACACUCUGCAACUUAUAAAACCACAAUUUGAACUUGAUGAGAUGGCUUCCUUUGGUCAGAAGUUGAUGACUUGCUUCACAAUGACGCAACAUUGGCCUGUUUGCCCGUUUGUUUAGUAAUGUAGGUCACAUAGCUGAAUAUUCAUUGACUGAGCUCCCAUACCACAGGAGCCUGUCUUCCAAAGUCCCCUUGUGGCGGCCACCCCGAUGGGAAGAGGGGUCUCGCCGCCAGAGAUGUUCUUUUCCCCCCAGUGUGAGUAGAGCUCCUGGAUCUGAGUGCCCAACAUAUCCAGAUCCCACAAAUGCAGCUGAAACGCCACCGGGGUAUAGUUUAGACCAGGCUUCUCCAAACUCUGGCCCUCCAGAUAGUUCCAUGAAAUCAGGCUGUGCGAUCAGUCUCUUUUGGGAGUACCAAAUACUACAAUAUGUAUGGAUAAACAGUUAAUGCUCACACAGUGUAUCUGGUUCGGGAGUAUGCUCCCACCGAACGCCAUUUCAUUCGUAUGAAUCCAACCAAACAUAGCUGGAGGUGGAAAUAUCAGCGGUGUUCGCCAUCUAGUGUCCGAUUUUAGUUCCAUACAUUCGACGACCAAACACCGCUGUCUGUGUUCGCGGCCAAUGAUGGCUGCCACCACGUGUUCGCACAGGUGAACGGCAACCACCCAGCCGACCACUUAGUACGUUGGUGUUAUUGUGGUUACAGAGGUGUUAGCAGAGGUUAAUGGGGUCAACAAGCAGCACACUCUGCAUAUGGAUGGUCUGUCAUUCGGUGAUUUAUUCGUUAUUCGAACAGAGCAAUAUUAACCCCUUAAGGACACAUGACAUGUGUGACAUGUCAUGAUUCCCUUUUAUUCCAGAAGUUUGGUCCUUAAGGGGUUAACAUACGAGGUGAAUACAGUUUACCAAACAAACAGACGAAGAGAACAAAAAGCUGUAUAAUCCAGGGACAUGAAGAUCUGUCACACCUAUGUACUGACUUCAUGUAUUUACGUAAUGGGGAAUCGCGAUGCAGCCUAGAACAUAAACUAACCCCAUUCAACCCCCCAAUAACGACAGACCACUUAGUAUGGAUGAAACAGGCCACAUCAUUUAUUAUCACAAACUAAAUUACUGCAUAACACAUAACUUUAUUUAUUAAAUCUCUUUUUUUUCUGUAACUAAAAACAUUAGUCAUAAAUAGGCAUAAAUUAACAUAUAUACAUGUAUGACUCCACACAUAGUGUUAUACAGUGACCCAACCGUCCUUGCCAACAAACAAACAGUGUUUCAUAAUCACCACUUCCUCUCACCUCCCACCCUCGUCAUUCAAAUCAUAUCUUUCCAAUGCCCGCCAUCAGCCGACCUUAUCCACGCUUGAUGGGCACGACACCUCAGGUUACCUAAUGUUAACCGUUUGAAGCAGGGGAGGUUGAGACCUUAAAACUUGUUCAUCUCAUUCCAUAUACUUAAACGUAACCCCUCAAACUCAAUUGGCAAGAACAUACCCCCGGCUAGCUGUGACUAAAUAUACUAAUAGGGCGGGCGGGAGGGAAGCUGUUUGCUGGCCCGAAUCCCAAGUGGUACUGAGGUAAGACCUUCCCCACACUAACUUACACAGAACAUAAUCCCACCCACAAACUCUUUCCCAACCAAUCCCAUGCAUCUAUCCCCACACUCCUAAAUGUGCCCUUGUCCGCUUAGCUGCGCUAUCUCCCCAGGGCCUUGUAUGUAAGUAGUGGGGAAUCGCGAUGCAGCCUAGAACAUAAACUAACCCCAUUCAACCCCCCAAUAACGACAGACCACUUAGUAUGGAUGAAACAGGCCACAGCAUUUAUUAUCACAAACUAAAUUACUGCAUAAGACAUACAUAUAUGACUCCACACAUAGUGUUAUACAGUGACCCAACCGUCCUUGCCAACAAACAUACAGUGGUUCCUAAUCACCACUUCCUCUCACCUCCCCCCUCGUCAUAAAAAUCAUUCUUUCCAAUGCCCGCCAUCAGCCGACCUUAUCCACGCUCGAUGGGCACGACACUUCAGGUAACCUUAUGUUAACCAUUUGAAGGAGGGGAGGUUGAGACCUUAAAACUUGUUCAUCUCAUUCCAUAUACUUAAACAUAACCCCUCAAACUCAGUUGGCAAGAACAUACCCCCACCACAACACCGCUGUUUUACACCUAAAAUCAGCGGGGGACCCCACCACAACCAGCCAUAGCCUGUUCCACCACUUCUUGCAGGGCUAGAUUAACAUAGGCCUAGUCCGACCUCCAGCAAGUGCACCCAUCCCCUCGAGAUAACUAGGCCACAUCUGGCCAAACCCUAAGGUGAACUAGAAUCCCCCAAGCCCCCAAGAAACCCAUCUCGUCCGAUUUUCAACGGCAGCACACCAGGGCACUCACAUUGCUGCGUGCACUGCCAACAGGAACAGGCGAUAGCCUCAGCCCAGCCCCUGAGAACCUCUGGGAAGAAACAGAAUGCAUAACAUGUCAAGAUUUAAGAGCACCCAAAUCCCAAACAGUCACCGGACCCAUGUCAUUCCACCCAGAGAUGACAAAACCCCCAGUACCCCCAUGAGACGGGACAGCUGACCCCGUACGAAGAGGAGCCACACCCCCCUCAUUUAUCUGGUGCCAGACCACCGAACCUCCGCUCCCGAAGGCGUAAGAACCACUCGGCCCCUGCCUAUUCCGGGGGGGAGAGGGGAGACCCUAACCGCGGAGAGAAAUCCAUUCGGAGACUGGCAGGGUGAACCCAAGGAACCUACCACCAUGACCCCGACCAUCCAAGCCUGGCGGCGUCUGUAGCCGCCCCUAACCGGACUGAAUGCCCCUUGAACUCUCCACCAUCCUUACCCAGGAAUUCGAACCCCCAUUGGAGCACCCCAACGACAUGGACGCAGGAGAGAAAACCCGGCUUCGAGAACCAAACCAGGGGUGAGGAGGCCGAAUAACCCAGGGGCGGAAUAGCCCUCACCGAAGAAAAACAGGACACAUGUCGGAACCCGGCGUUCCCCCCCAAUCGGAACAGUAUAAAUCCAACUAUCCUGGGAACCUAGUACAUCCUGUUAGGAGCUUAACCAUCACCCUGUGCAUUCCAUCUACCUCAAGAGAAAAUCUACCUGCAACGUCCGAGAAUGGAACAGAUUCUAUUGAUGAAUCAGCCAACCGCUACCAACUUACCUUUCCCUAAUGCAACAGCCGUCGAGCGACGAAAGCCUGAAGGAAGUCCAUUCCGACACUUACUCGAUCCACCAAAACCCCUGCCCACAUGCAGAUGACUGUAACAUGAACGGGAAGCCGACAAGGAAAUGCACUCAUCCAGCCCGAUCGCUCACACUUUACUGUAGUGGGCCCCACACCGCCUCAGAGAGCGACCCAUGGACCAGCUUCAAGAGCCGCUAGACCAAGUGACCAUGACUCCACUGCCUUAUAAUGUGGCCCGGCGGAGCCCCCAUCUGAAGUUCGUCCUACAGUGAACCAUUACCUUGUGAAUCCCCGGGUAAACCCGACUGACCAGACACUUCCAAGAGCAACACCGACAGGAAAAGCCCAGCUUACCCAGGAGAGCCCCUGGGUAGCACAGCUGAAACCCCCAACACCCCCAAAACCACGACACCUCCCACCGGAUGUACAAAACCGCAAUCUGGGCUAACCGACGUUCCCUGGCCGUACUCGAUCCCACUAUCCAGGAGACUACCGCACGUAUCCCGACCCAUGGAACUCCGAAUCGCUGAAACACUACCCCAAGAAAAACACCACAGCAGCAGAGCGCGACGUGCGACACUGUCGGCCACACACAUAAGCGACAUUAAGAGCCACCCGUGCGGAGGCACAUAGCCACAUAACACUGACCGUCAGAAAUACAGCCCGGAAAACAAUAACCUGCUGGGCGCAUCAGCAGCAGCUGGAAAGCCGAUUCCACUGCUGCCUUUGUCAGCAAGGCCCCAGAGCCCUGCAGCCCUAACCACGCGGACCGUUUUCAUGCCCUCCCAUACCUAACCCCCAGGGCCGGACUGGCCCACCGGGAUACCAGGAAAUUUCCCGGUGGGCCGUCGGCACCUGGGGCCGGGCAGACACCUGGGUCUGCUGGCGGCCGCUGGGGAGGUCUCCUGGGGGCUUCUGGCGGCCGCUGGGGGAGCUGCGCUGGCUCUGCUCCCCAGCGCGCAGCUGAAUGAGACCGGCGCCGGAAUAUGACGUCAUAUUCCGGCGCCGGUCUCAUUCAGCAGCGCGCGAGGACGGGAGAGCAGAGCCAGCGCAACUCUCCCAGCGGCCGCCAGGACAAGUCCCCCAGCGGACUCCAGAAGCCCCCAGAAGACCUCCUUAGCGGCCCCCAGAAGACCUCCCCCUGGCAGGUACAAGUAAUGUGUCUGUCUGUGUUAUGGUGUCUGUCUGUAUGGUGUGUGUGUCUGUCUGUCUGUGUCAUGGUGUCUGUCUGGUGUCUGUCUGUCUGUCUGUAUGGUGUGUGUGUCUGUCUGUGUCAUGGUGUCUGUCUGGUGUGUGUCUGUCUGUCUGUGUCAUGGUGUCUGUCUGUCUGUAUGGUGUGUGUGUCUGUCCGUCUGUGUCAUGGUGUCUGUCUGUAUGGUGUGUGUGUGUCUGUCUGUCUGUGUCAUGGUGUCUGUCUGUAUGGUGUGUGUGUGUGUCUGUCUGUCUGUGUCAUGGUGUCUGUCUGUAUGGUGUGUGUGUCUGUCUGUCUGUCUGUGUCAUGUUCUGUGUAUGUGUGUGUGUGUCUGUCUGUAUGCAUGUGUGUGUGUCUGUCUGUGUCAUGGUGUCUGUCUAUCUGUAUGGUGUGUGUGUGUCUGUCCUGUCUGUAUGUAUGGUGUGUCUGUCUGUCUGUGUCAUGGUGUCUGUCUGUAUGUAUGGUUUGUGUGUGUGUGUCUGUCUGUAUGUAUGGUGUGUGUGUGUCUGUCUGUGUCAUGGUGUCUGUCUGUAUGGUGUGUGUGUGUCUGUCCAUCAUGGUGUGUGUGUGUGUCUGUCCGUCAUGGGGGGUGUGUCUGUCUGUCCAUCAUGGGGUGUGUGUGUGUCUGUCUGGGGUCUGUCGGCAUGGGGUGUGUGUGUGUCUGUCUGUCCGUCAUGGGGUGUGUGUGUCUUUCUGUCCGUCAUGGGGUGUGUGUGUGUCAGUCUGUCCAUCAUGGUGUGUGUCUGUCUGUGUCAUGGUCUGUCAUGGUGUGUGUGUGUGUCUGUCAUGGGGUGUGUAUCUGUCAUGGUAUAUGUGUGUUUCUGUGUCUGUCGUGAUGUAAAUGUGUGUUUAAAAAUAGCGUUUUUUCCCCACGCAGCGUGCUGGUCUCCCCUCGACUGGCCCUGCCUCUAUAGCUGAGAUCAUCAAGCUUGAUGAUCUCAGCCAAUCCAAUGCUUUGCCAUAGGAUUGGCUGCAAAACACCACUCCAAUCAGCAUCUCCUCAUAGAGAUGCAUUGAAUCAAUGUAUCUCUAUGGGGAACGUUCAGCACCUACAGAGUGUGGAGGCCCUGAAUGUAGGUGCACUAACACAGGAAGCACCUCUAGUGACCGUCUGAGUGACUGUCACUAGCAGUGUCACUUUGAAGCAAUGUAAACACUGCCUUUUCUCUGAAAAGUCAGUGUUUACGUUGAAAAGCCUGUAGGGACAUGCUAUGACACCAGUACCACCACAUUAAGCUGUGUGUGUGCGUCUGCUAGUGAGUGAGCUUGCUUGCAUGCGUGUGCCUGCUAGUGAGUGAGCUUGUGUUUUUAUGUCAAUGAGCUGAUGUAUAUCAGUAAGAUUGUUUGUCUAUGAGGCUGUGUAUCAAUGAGCUUGUGUGUGUCAUUGAGAUGUCAGUGAAAUUGCCUGUGUCUGCAUGUGAGUAUGCUUACUGUAUAAUUAAACGUUUUACCCUGAAAGGACCAAUAUUUUAUAUUAGAAAAAGCAAUAUAUAUGAUCCUGAUGAAAGUCCUCAUGGAAGGACUGAAACGUUGAUCGCAGUUUUUACUAUCUGACAAUAAACUUUGGACUUUUAAUUUAAAAAACCGUGAGUGCAACCAUCCAUUUGUAUUUCUAUAUAUAUAUAUAUAUAUAUAUAUAUAUUACUCAAUCAUCUGUCCUGGCAAGACAUAGCCUUACAUAUUACACGCGACAAUAUAUGGUGCAGUGACUUAUGGGGCUGGCACAAAUUUUUUUUCCAGGGCUGCUUUGUAUCCCCAGUCCGGCCCUGCUAACCCCUUGUAGGGAAAGACAACUGAGUAAAUAAGAAAUCAUGCGAUAUCGACCCUGCCCCUCUAAGGGGGGGACCAAUGGAGCGGACUUCGGGGGCACCCUAAAAUUGGUCGGGAGGUAAGCUUAUCAAGCUUUCUUGGUAAGCCGCUCCCGCACCACCUAAUGGAAGUCUCAUAUGGGCCGAAUGGUCCUGCUCGGAGAGCAUCCGCAUCCCCUAAUACCCGACAGAUUGCCCGCAUCAAAAAAACGUGGGGGACGGGAUGGGCCCCCCCCCCGCGACCGGAUCCCCCACGAGGACCCCAUUUGCCGUCGGCGAAUUCCCACCAACCCAGCUCACCCUAGCAAUGACACAGAGAGUGUCCCAACAGUAGAAACAUGUGGAGCAUACCCGGGGAGCCCUCUCCCUGACAAUGCUAUCCAGAAACAUACGAUGCCCUGACACACUUCCUGUGCGUCAUGGGGUGCAACCUAUUACGGUAUUUUUCCCCCGCGCCCCACCUGGAGUCCCUCCCAAGCACGGGACCCCCCGCGGCAUGAGGGAACAUAUCACCAAGAAAAAAAACCUGCACCACUGCUCCUUAGUAUUACGCGACACGCGCAAGUCAAGCAGGCCAUUCUAGCGCCCCGCAGCAGCAUCCUGAGCCACCCUAACCGCCCGCCUCUUGGGAGGCAAUGCCAGCGCUAUUAGCUGCGCAGGAUACUGCAGGAAACUGUACUAUAACAUAUGAUAAAUACUGAUAAGCGGCGUCCAGCUACCGUUUUUCCUUUUUUUUUUUUUAUCUUUAAUUUCUCAUUCUGUUCAUGUAUUCAUUCAGGUUUUUUUUGGGGUGGGGGGGGUUUAAAUUUCAAUAUUUUUAUUUAUUUAUUUAUUUAAUUUUUUUUUUUGCGCACGCUAAGACCUCCCAGCUCUAAAGGGACCUGACUGGAUACAAGAAGGGACAACGUACUCACCAGCCAAUGCCCGGUGCACCACCCGCAGCAUAACAAGCGUAGAAGUCCAGGCAGAAGAUAUUGAAAUCAGCUUACACUGUGUUCUUCCAAGGUGUUCCAGGCGCCACCUGCUGGGCAUUUCUAAGAACUGCAGCCGAGGUAAGUAACCAGCAGAGAGAAGAGCAGAAGGCAGAGAGAGAAUAACAGAAGGAAGAGAAGACCCAGGAACAGGUAAGAGCAGGGGAAGAGAGGAAAAGGGAGGGAGGACAAAGAGGAGAGAAACCGAGAGAGGGGAAGGAGGAAGAAAACAGAGAGAAGGGAAAAAGGGGGGAAAGAACAGAGGGACCGACAGAAGGUAAACAGGGGGCCACCAGGGGAGGAGCUGAGGCCCCCCAGAAUGCCAAAAUGGAACCGGAGAAAAGAGGGGAGGGAAGGGAAGAAACUGGCAGAGGAGGCCCCCAGGAGAGGUUCCCCCUCCCACACCCAACGGCACUGGAUCAGUCCCCUCUCGGCCCCCCGGGCUCACUCGCCUCCGGGGCCCCGUCAAAGGCCCCGCCGUCACGCCUGCCAUGCGGUGGUGUCAGAAGGCCUCUGGCCGGCCACGCAAGGCAGGGAAGCGCCACCUGCCUCCUACUGCCUCCAGCACGAAUACCAAUGCCUGAGGCCGUAGCUAGUGAUCCGGCUGCAGGAGGGGGAGGCCACAAGUCCCGCACGGCAGUAGCAGGCCGCGUGUCUGGAGCCUCAGACACGCGGCCGGGUGAAGCCUUGGGCCCAGGCUCCACCUCCUCAACUGGGCCCGAGGAGCAGCAUCGGGGGGUUAGUGGAGCCGGCGGGCGGGAAUGCCGGCCGUCACUAUCGCGGCCCCCAGGAGCAGGGGCCGCAGGGAAGGCCCCAGAUGGAUGAAGACAGGCCGUGGGGGGGGGGGAAACCCACACCGGCAGCCGCCCAGGGGAGGGGGGGUGGGGGCCACAGUCCAGAGGGAUCCAGGCUGCAGGGAAGGCCCCAGAUGGAGACAGGCCGCGGCAGGGAGCCCCACACCAGCAGCCACCCCAGGGGAGAGGAUCCAGGAAAGGGGAGCACCUGAAUCAGGAGUCGCCGGCCACCAUCCAAGCUGCAGCAGCUUGGAGGGAAGCCAGUAGGCCUCAACUUCCAUCCCUCAAGCUGUGUAAAUCUGCAGGCCCUGGCAAACAGGAGCAGGAGGACAGGAAGCUGUUUGCUGGCCUGAAUCCCAAGUGGCACUGAGGUAAGACCUCCCCCACACUAACUUACACAGAACAUAAUCCCACCCACACACUCUUUCCCAACCAAUCCCAUACAUCUACCCACACUCCUACAUGUGCGCUAUCUCCCCAGGGCCUCUACAUCAAUUGUGAGUCACCAUCACCAGCCCCAUUUUGUCAUUAAUUCUGAUUCAAGCUGACAAGUUGGAGCUUGGAACACUGGAGGACUGGCUAGGGAUCAAGAUCUAUUAUUCCACAGCGUUCUCCCCCUCUCCAUGGAGGAAAAGUCCAGUGGGGAGUUCCUCCAUCCAUUGUUAUCCAUCAGCCAGUCAUAAAAUGAAAUGGAGAACAGAACUUCUCCUUUAUUGAACAAACAACGGUUGUAAAGAGAGCACAAUGAUUACAGGAAUGUGGACCAAGUGGGAGACAUAAAGGAACACUUUGGGCACCAACAUAGUGCCUUUGAUCCACUAAGUGUAUUUGACAGGCUUUGUCCUCAUAUUCAUGCUGUUUCUCUCCCAAUUCAAACCACUUUAGUUUUGCUUAAAAGAAGAAAAAAAGUUUUUGCACCGUUCUGCACCAUAACUCUGUGCCUUUAGCCACAACCCUUUUUUCACAAAGCAACUUCCUUAGAAGACGUACAGGGAGUGCAGAAUUAUUAGGCAAAUUGUAUUUUUGAGGAUUAAUUUUAUUAUUGAACAACAACCAUGUUCUCAAUGAACCCAAAAAACUCAUUAAUAUCAAAGCUGAAUAUUUUUGGAAGUAGUUUUUAGUUUGUUUUUAGUUAUAGCUAUGUUAGGGGGAUAUCUGUGUGUGCAGGUGACUAUUACUGUGCAUAAUUAUUAGGCAACUUAACAAAAAACAAAUAUAUACCCAUUUCAAUUAUUUAUUAUUACCAGUGAAACCAAUAUAACAUCUCAACAUUCACAAAUAUACAUUUCUGACAUUCAAAAACAAAACAAAAACAAAUCAGUGACCAAUAUAGCCACCUUUCUUUGCAAGGACACUCAAAAGCCUGCCAUCCAUGGAUUCUGUCAGUGUUUUGAUCUGUUCACCAUCAACAUUGCGUGCAGCAGCAACCACAGCCUCCCAGACACUGUUCAGAGAGGUGUACUGUUUUCCCUCCUUGUAAAUCUCACAUUUGAUGAUGGACCACAGGUUCUCAAUGGGGUUCAGAUCAGGUGAACAAGGAGGCCAUGUCAUUAGAUUUUCUUCUUUUAUACCCUUUCUUGCCAGCCACGCUGUGGAGUACUUGGACGCGUGUGAUGGAGCAUUGUCCUGCAUGAAAAUCAUGUUUUUCUUGAAGGAUGCAGACUUCUUCCUGUACCACUGCUUGAAGAAGGUGUCUUCCAGGAACUGGCAGUAGGACUGGGAGUUGAGCUUGACUCCAUCCUCAACCCGAAAAGGCCCCACAAGCUCAUCUUUGAUGAUACCAGCCCAAACCAGUACUCCACCUCCACCUUGCUGGCGUCUGAGUCGGACUGGAGCUCUCUGCCCUUUACCAAUCCAGCCACGGGCCCAUCCAUCUGGCCCAUCAAGACUCACUCUCAUUUCAUCAGUCCAUAAAACCUUAGAAAAAUCAGUCUUGAGAUAUUUCUUGGCCCAGUCUUGACGUUUCAGCUUGUGUGUCUUGUUCAGUGGUGGUCGUCUUUCAGCCUUUCUUACCUUGGCCAUGUCUCUGAGUAUUGCACACCUUGUGCUUUUGGGCACUCCAGUGAUGUUGCAGCUCUGAAAUAUGGCCAAACUGGUGGCAAGUGGCAUCGUGGCAGCUGCACGCUUGACUUUUCUCAGUUCAUGGGCAGUUAUUUUGCGCCUUGGUUUUUCCACACGCUUCUUGCGACCCUGUUGACUAUUUUGAAUGAAACGCUUGAUUGUUCGAUGAUCACGCUUCAGAAGCUUUGCAAUUUUAAGAGUGCUGCAUCCCUCUGCAAGAUAUCUCACUAUUUUUGACUUUUCUGAGCCUGUCAAGUCCUUCUUUUGACCCAUUUUGCCAAAGGAAAGGAAGUUGCCUAAUAAUUAUGCACACCUGAUAUAGGGUGUUGAUGUCAUUAGACCACACCCCUUCUCAUUACAGAGAUGCACAUCACCUAAUAUGCUUAAUUGGUAGUAGGCUUUCGAGCCUAUACAGCUUGGAGUAAGACAACAUGCAUAAAGAGGAUGAUGUGGUCAAAAUACUCAUUUGCCUAAUAAUUCUGCACUCCCUGUAUUUGGAGUACGCACUGGGCUCCGCCAAUGAGAGAUCAAUGUGAGCUGAGCUGCUUACAUGACUCUGCCCCACAGCCAAUCAUUUUCCUCAUACUCUCUAUGUAGUAUUCCAAAGCUGUGCAAUUGGAAAAGUAGCCAGAGAUUUUCUACAUGGUGGAAUGAUGACAACAGCUCAGCUCAUACUGAUCGCUUAUUGGCUGAGCUCAGUACAUAUUACAUUUAAAAAGGAAGUUACUUUGUAAAAUAGAGCAUGGCUGCUGUGACAGAACCAUCUGUCUGCUGGAUUUUUGCCCGUUCGUCUGUUUGUCCCCGUUCAUAUGAAUGGCUGGUUUCUAUAGCCCAGCCAUUCGAAUGACUCUUUUUCCCGAACAAAACCGCCGAACGAACGGCCACCCAAGUGAGGAGUGUGCUGCAGGUUAACGAAGUGAUCACCAUUAUAACGUUGUGGUUAACCGCAGACACUUCUCAAUUAAACCGAACUCAGGGUGGUCGUCGUUCGUAUGUCGACCACGAGGCAGCGGCCAUUUUAAAUCAUGCGAACGCUCAGCGGUGUUUGGCUCUAUUUCUAUGGAACGGAAAACGGACACUUUUUCUGUCGAACACCGCUGAAACAAGGGAACGCCUGGCUGCCUCCACGAAAGCAUGCGAACAUCGGCCGUUCGGGAGAUUGAGAACACACAAAAGACUUAACCCAGAUAGCCCACCCAUGGAGUCAUUCGUGUACCGAAGGACUGUAAGAACUUUGACUCCAUGGCGAUUGAACUAUGUGUGUGGGAUCUGAGCGCUAUUCGCCAAUAAUAUGCACUCAGAUCCAGGCUAUCUGGGGACAUGUAAUACGAAUGGGAAAUGUUCAGUUUUCAUGUAGUUAUGCAUUUUUGUGUCUUUUAUUAUUUCAUGUUUAAGAUGGCGACUGUCCUUGUCCUGGAGUUAAUUGAGUUACUUGGUAAUUAACUCCAGGACAGAGGGGAGGGAAUCAGAAUGUACUGUGGGUAAAAUAUGUGACUGUGUGUCAGAAAUGUCCUGCUAUCUGUCUGUACUUUAAGUCUUCCAUUUGGUCCCCUAGGGGAGUGUCCACCAGGUGGGAGACCUGCAUAAAUACGGGCAGGUAGCCCACAGUAAACCCAGAUCUUAUUUGACCCUCAAUGCGGAGCUUCUGUCUCGUUAUUGGGGGGAUUUCUUCUUCACGUUUAGAGACUGCUGGAUGGAACGAAAGCCGCUUUGGGGAUAUUAUUGUUCGACGGUUCCUAGCAGUUCGUAUAUUGCCGUUCGGGAGUUUGGAGCCGUUCGUGGAUUUCGAUCGGGAGAUUGCCGCUUCCCCUGCAUUUGGUUCGUGGGUUACAGAGUAAGCGAACAGAGACUGUACUGCAGCCGGGGAAGGUUUACUAAACGGCGGUUUGGCUUAAAGACACGGGAGGUGUCUUAACAAUUGGUGGCAGCGGUGGGAUGAAUCCUACAGCACUGGAGGUCAGCUACAAGACAUGCAGUACGAGGAAUUAAGGCGUGCUACACUUAAGGACUUGCCCGCAGAUGUUCUUUUGGGAAACGAUUUGGCCCCUUUGGUUUCAGCCUAUGCUCCGAUGGGCCCUGCAGACGUGAACCCAGUGACCACCCGUGCCCAGACCCGUGCUGCCGGAACCAGCCCACUUGCUGACGAGACCCAGGUAAGAUCUCCUUCCCCGACUGAUACCCCAGAUCAGGUCCCCUUAAGCUGGGAUUCCCCAGAGGAGUUUGGGAGGGAAACCCGGGCGGAUCCGACCCUCCAAAGAUACAAGGACAGGGCAGAGGCUGGGGAGGAAGGAAUAGAUGGGGAACGGUAUGAGUGGGUGGGGGACAGGUUAUAUAGGAUCCCUAAACCUUCCCAGAAGAGUGUUGCCUCUCCGCCGAAUCGCCAGUUAGUGGUACCUGCAAAGUACCGGCAGGAGAUUCUGCGGAUAGGGCAUGAUGUUCCUUUAGCUGGACAUCUAGGGUCCCGCCGCACAGCCUAUAGGAUUUCACAGAACUUCUUUUGGCCAAACUUUAACCAGGCUGUGCGGAUGUACUGCAGCACGUGUGACACAUGUCAACGGGUAGGAAAGCGGGGGGACCACCCUAAGGCUAGGCUAUUAUCGAUGCCUAUUAUAGGGGAGCCCUUUGCCCGCAUAGCCGUUGACAUUGUGGGUCCACUGGCCAGGGCUAGUCCAUCCGGUAAGAAGUAUGUUCUUACCGUGGUGGACUAUGCCACCCGCUAUCCAGAGGCAGUAGCGCUGUCUAACAUAGAGGCAGAGACGGUUGCUGAUGCCCUGGUUAGAAUUUUUACUAGGGUCGGGUUCCCUAAGGAGAUCCUCUCCGACCAGGGAACCCAAUUCACCGCUGUGCUCACCCAGCAACUGUGGAAGGUGUGCGGCAUUAAGCCGUUACUUAGCUCACCCUACCACCCACAGACUAACGGUCUCUGCGAGCGCUUUAACGGUACCCUCAAACAGAUGCUGAGGACCUUUACAGACACUUGCAGAGACUGGGAGAGAUUCCUGCCUCAUCUAUUAUUUUCUUAUAGAGAAGUGCCCCAGGAAUCUACUGGGUUCUCCCCCUUUGAGCUGCUGUAUGGGAGAAGGGUCCGCGGACCCCUAGAUCUCAUUAGAGGCCACUGGGAGGGGGAGACGGAGCAGGAAGGGACCCCCAUAGUGCCAUAUGUUCUGGAACUCCGGGACCGCAUGGAGAAACUGUCCCUGAUGGUAAGGGAGAAUCUCCAGGCGGCCCAGGGGAGACAGAAGAGAUGGUACGAUCAGGGUGCCCGACAGCGGGUCUUCCAGGUUGGGCAAAAGGUAUUGGUGCUUAAACCUGUGAAGGCCAACAAGAUGCAAGCAUCUUGGCAGGGCCCGUACAAGGUAGUGGCGCAGAUCUGCGACACUACUUACUUGAUAGCCAGCUGUGCAGAUGAGAGGAUCCAGCGGUCCUUUCAUGUGAACAUGCUGAAAGAGUACCAGGAGAGACCUGAGAAUAUUGCAGCAGUGUGUGCCCCAGCUGCAGAUGAUUCUGAGAAUUUACCCCUUCCAGAUCUAUUAGAAAGGGAUUCCCAGACUGACCUUACUACCUUGGUACAGCUAGGGGACCGGUUGAACCCCACAGAAAGGGUACAGGCGCAGCAGUUGUUAUGGGAGAAGCAGGCGACGUUCUCCCAGGAACCAGGUUAUACCACCCUAGCUGUGCAUAAGGUAGAGACCCCUGGACAGACCCCGUUACGACAGCCCCCCUACCGUAUCCCUGAAGCAGUCCGUGAAGGAAUGCGGAAGGAGAUACAGGAGAUGACCCAACUUGGGGUUAUCGAGCACUCCGACAGCCCUUGGGCCUCGCCUGUAGUCCUGGUGCCAAAGAAAGAUGGGACCACCCGGUUCUGUGUGGACUACAGGCGACUCAACGAGCGGACCACCACUGACGCCUACCCAAUGCCCCGGGUAGACGAAUUACUAGAUCGUAUUGCCAGGGGGCGAUAUCUGACCACCAUAGACCUGUGUAAGGGCUACUGGCAGAUCCCCCUGGCCGAGGAUGCUAUCCCCAAGUCGGCAUUUGUCACCCCAUUUGGCCUGUACCAAUUUAAGGUCAUGCCUUUUGGGAUGAAAAAUGCACCGGCUACUUUCCAACGGAUGGUGGAUAGACUCCUGGAUGGCUUCCAAGAAUUUGCCUGUGCAUACUUGGACGACAUUGCGAUCUACAGUGGGUCCUGGGAGGAACACCUGGUACAUGUAGGGGUAGUGCUGGAUAAGAUUAGGGCCGCUGGCCUGACGUUGAAGCCAGAAAAGUGUCAUCUAGGUAUGGCUGAAGUGCAGUACCUGGGUCACAGAGUGGGGUGUGGGAGCCAGAGACCGGAGCCAGCCAAGGUAGAGGCAGUGGCUAACUGGCCCACACCUACUACUAAGACCCAGGUAUUGGCCUUCUUGGGGACGGCAGGGUACUACAGACGUUUUGUCCCUGACUACAGCGCUAUCGCUAAGCCCCUGACAGACCUGACGAAGAAGAACUUGCCUAAGCAGGUCCUGUGGUCUCCGGCUUGUGAAGCUGCGUUCCAGGCACUGAAGCAGGCUCUUGUGAAUGCCCCUGUCUUGGCUGCCCCAGUCCCUAACAAACGCUUUCUCGUCCAUACAGAUGCUUCCAUGUAUGGACUGGGGGCUGUGCUGAGCCAAGUCGGGGAAGAUGGAGGAGAGCACCCUGUCGCAUAUCUCAGCAGAAAGUUGUUACCCAGAGAAGUGAGUUAUGCGGCAGUGGAGAAGGAGUGUUUGGCUUUGGUCUGGGCAUUGAAAAAGUUAAGCCCCUAUUUGUAUGGGCAAGAGUUUUCCCUUGUGACUGAUCACAACCCACUCGUUUGGCUUAACCGGGUCUCAGGAGACAAUGGGAGACUGCUGAGAUGGAGCUUGGCACUACAGCCCUACAAUUUUACCAUCAGCUACAGACCCGGUAAGCUAAACGGAAACGCAGAUGGGUUGUCACGACAAACAGACGUUUCCAUCACCUCGUAGUCCGGUCAUCCCCAAGUUGACCCGCCACAGGGUCAAGCCGGGUCUGCCGGAGUGUCCCACAAGGAGGGAGCCGUGUGACAGAACCAUCUGUCUGCUGGAUUUUUGCCCGUUCGUCUGUUUGUCCCCGUUCGUAUGAAUGGCUGGUUUCUAUAGCCCAGCCAUUCGAAUGACUCUUUUUCCCGAACAAAACCGCCGAACGAACGGCCACCCAAGUGAGGAGUGUGCUGCAGGUUAACGAAGUGAUCACCAUUAUAACGUUGUGGUUAACCGCAGACACUUCUCAAUUAAACCGAACUCAGGGUGGUCGUCGUUCGUAUGUCGACCACGAGGCAGCGGCCAUUUUAAAUCAUGCGAACGCUCAGCGGUGUUUGGCUCUAUUUCUAUGGAACGGAAAACGGACACUUUUUCUGUCGAACACCGCUGAAACAAGGGAACGCCUGGCUGCCUCCACGAAAGCAUGCGAACAUCGGCCGUUCGGGAGAUUGAGAACACACAAAAGACUUAACCCAGAUAGCCCACCCAUGGAGUCAUUCGUGUACCGAAGGACUGUAAGAACUUUGACUCCAUGGCGAUUGAACUAUGUGUGUGGGAUCUGAGCGCUAUUCGCCAAUAAUAUGCACUCAGAUCCAGGCUAUCUGGGGACAUGUAAUACGAAUGGGAAAUGUUCAGUUUUCAUGUAGUUAUGCAUUUUUGUGUCUUUUAUUAUUUCAUGUUUAAGAUGGCGACUGUCCUUGUCCUGGAGUUAAUUGAGUUACUUGGUAAUUAACUCCAGGACAGAGGGGAGGGAAUCAGAAUGUACUGUGGGUAAAAUAUGUGACUGUGUGUCAGAAAUGUCCUGCUAUCUGUCUGUACUUUAAGUCUUCCAUUUGGUCCCCUAGGGGAGUGUCCACCAGGUGGGAGACCUGCAUAAAUACGGGCAGGUAGCCCACAGUAAACCCAGAUCUUAUUUGACCCUCAAUGCGGAGCUUCUGUCUCGUUAUUGGGGGGAUUUCUUCUUCACGUUUAGAGACUGCUGGAUGGAACGAAAGCCGCUUUGGGGAUAUUAUUGUUCGACGGUUCCUAGCAGUUCGUAUAUUGCCGUUCGGGAGUUUGGAGCCGUUCGUGGAUUUCGAUCGGGAGAUUGCCGCUUCCCCUGCAUUUGGUUCGUGGGUUACAGAGUAAGCGAACAGAGACUGUACUGCAGCCGGGGAAGGUUUACUAAACGGCGGUUUGGCUUAAAGACACGGGAGGUGUCUUAACAGCUGCAUUAAAUGGCAAAGCUUUUUUAUUUUGUAUCAAAACUAGAUUUGAAUGAAGAAAAACACAACAUAAAUGUGAGACCAAAUAUCAAAUGCACUCAAGUUAUGGAGUAUGAUUGGAGUGUCCUGUCCUAUUAAGGAAGUGGUCGGGCAGCCAGUUUUUUCUAAUCUGUAAGAUUCUAAAAUAAUAGGGAAACACUAUAAUACUGAGCUAACAGAGGAGAGGACACUGAACACAUCCCAACUAAAAUUGCAUCCAUCUACUGACAGGGAGACACAGUAUCUGGGCCAAAGAGGCCAGUUCCACAAGCUCCUUCUCCAUCCAUACCUUUAGCAUUAGUAAGAUGACAUGUGAGUGCAGUUCCCGAGGCACCUGUACAAAGGUGGGAAAAGCUUCUGUUACCAAGUCUAUUUAAGACAUUCUUUUGGCACUACCUUGUCCCUUUUAUGAUUUAUAGAUUAUUUGUGAGUCUUGAUGAUACUGAUACUGAGUCUGCCUGCCUAAACACUCUAAACUUGGCUUGUUCCAGACUAUUCUACACCUGCCUGUAAUAAGGACAGAUUUAUUUUUUACAUUUAUCUCAAUAUCUGUAAUCCUGACCUCAGAUUAAUCCAGACUAUUCUACACCUGCCUGUAACAAGGACACAAUAAUCUUACAUUUUUUGGGGGGGGGAAUUUGACACUUUUUAUUUUCUUAAGCAUAUAUAGGGAGUGGGUACCCGAUCUCUGUAAUCCUGACCUCAGAUUAAUUCAGACUAUUCUACACUAUCCUGUCUCUAAGAAAGACACAAUAAUCUUACAUUAAUCCUGAUCUCUGUAAUCCUGACCUUGGAUUGUUUCUGACUAAUCUACACUAUCCUAUUUGCAACAAGGACAGAAUUAUUUGACAUUAAUCCUGAUCUCUUGUGAUGGUUACAAGAUAGGCAUAAGGCUAUCCUAACUAUAAGAUAGGGCUAGGGACUAAAGAAAGUAUUUAGAAAAUUGGGCAGACUAGAUGGGCCGAAUGGUUCUUAUCUGCCGUCACAUUCUAUGUUUCUAUUCUAUGUUUCUAUGUUACCCCUAUAGAGUGGGGGUAUCUACUGUCUGGACGUCCUUCUAUCCUAUAACUGGAGAGCGCUGCAGAGCUCCAACUCGAUAUCCUGAGGAGCUAGUAUAGCUGGAUCUCUCCUCCAGGAGAGUAUAGCUGUAUAGCUGAAGGGAGAUCUCUUACAAGAGCUAGCAGUGAUAUAGCUGGUAUAGCUGUUCCCUACAACACGAGCUGAGGGUAAGAAGGUCUGGUUUAUUAAGUGCAAGGGCAUUUCUCUUAUACAUAUUUUCAGGCCAGAGGCACACCUCUAACUGGCCCACUCCUCACACCAAGACCCAUGUCCUGGCCUUCCUGGGCAUCCCUCUGCUGCCACCAAUUGUUACGGACCAUCCACCAAUCGAUGCUCCUAUGCUUACCAAGGACCAUCAGAACCGCACCGGACACCAUAGCAACCGCAGACUCCAUGAACCGCUGUAGCUUGGUUAGGGUCUCGCCGUCUCCUCCAGGAGAGUAUAGCUGUGGGAAGGACCUCUCCUCCAAUAGAGUAUAGCUGCGGGAUUGUCCUUUUACCCCAGGAGACGUGCAGAUCGGAUGGAAAAAUGAUAUGGGCAGCUAAAAAGGACAACCCUCAAGGAUCUACUGGAAAGACGUGGAGGGAUCGCUAGCAACCGACCUAAAAGAGAGCUGAUUGCGGAGCUACAGCAGCUGGAUUGUAACUUCAUUAUGGCAGAACCUUCUAUGCUCUCUGGGAAUGAAAUUGCCAGGAUUGCCAGAGAAAUUGCCAGGAUUGCCAAACCCGUCCGAAGAUCAGAUUGAGCGGGUCUUUGCAAAGGUGAGAGCAGAAGCCCAGCAGAGCUGAGUAUGGUGACCGCUCAACGUCCUGCAGAGCCACCCACAGUCACACUUGUUCCUGCCCCCCGGAGAAGCGAAAGGUACCUUUUGCUGCAUUUAGAUUGUUCCGGGAAGCAGAGGGGGAGAUCGGCAGCUAUUUGGCGGGCUUUGAAAGGCAGUGCUCACUUCACCAGGUACCCACAGAAGAAUGGGUCACCAUACUAUCUGGCAAGCUAUCCAGGAAAGCCUUAGAAGCCUUCUGGGCUAUCCCAGCAGACGAAGUAACACAAUAUCACCUUGUCAAAGACACUCUACUUAAACGGUAUGCCAUAACCCCUGAGGCAUACCGGCGGAAAUUCAGGGACACUAAGAAGCGAGGAUGUGAUACCAGAAGGAAUGAGCCCACAGGCUGCGCCACACGGCUACCCAUUGGAUCAAGGGUUGCCAAGCGGUAUCUGCGGAGGAGGUGCUACAGCUGUUUCUCCUGGAGCAUUUCUUUGAUAACUUGCCUCAGGAAUUGGGCCACUGGGUACGAGAUCGACAUCCCAAUGCCCUCACCGAAGCAUCCCGCCUGUCUGAUGAAUAUGCGGAUCACAGACGACAAGACGCUGCGUUAUCCCGACCUCACCUUUGAGUGGAGUCUCGGGACCCCCUUGUAUCCAGAUGCUCUCCACUAUCAGAGUUUAGGGCCCCUAUUUCACCCGGCCCCACUCGUUAUGUUGGUCCCCCCAGACAUGGUUCGGGGAAUUCUAAGAUAAAGUGUCACCGAUUCCACACCCUAGGACACCUGAUGGACAAUCGCCCUAUUAGUCAACCCAGAUCUUCCUGGAACAACUCACCACCGGUUCUAGCCCCUGAGGCAUCCCGUACCCCGGCUGCCCACUGCGUGGACACUGAUACUCACCCCGAGGAAUAUAUGGGAGUACUGUACGAGGUCAACCCUAUUUAUGCCGAUUCCGAGGAUAAUAGACAGCAGCACCAACAGCUAUACUCUCCUGGAGGAGAGGUCCUUCCCACAGCUAUACUCUCCUGGAGGAGACAGCGAGACCCCAACCAAGCUACGGCGGUUCGUAGAGUCUGCGGUGCUGAUGGUCCUUCGUAAGCGCUAGGAGCAUCGAUUGGCGGAUGGUCCGUAACAUCUCUGUAAUCCUGACCUUGGAUUGUUUCCGAUUAAGCUAGUGAUCUUAUUGGUAACAAAGACCGAAUUAUCUUACAUUAAUCCUGAUCUCUGUAAUCCUGACCUUGGAUUGUUUCUGAUUAAUCUACACUAUCCUAUUUGUAACAAGGACUAAAUUAUUUUACAUUAAUCCUGAUCUCUGUAAUCCUGACCUUGGAUUGUUUCUGACUAAUCUACACUAUCCUAUCUGUAACAAGGACAGGUUUAUCUUACAUUUAUCCCAAUCUCUGUAAUCCUGAUCUCCGAUUAAUCCAGACUAUUCUACACUAUCCUGCCUUUAACAAGGACAGAAUGAUUUUACAUUAAUUCUGAUAUCUUUAAUGCUGACCUUGGAUUAAUUCAGACUAUUCUACAGUUGAUGAUACUAAAAUAUGUAACAAGGUUGAUGUUCCAGGAGGGAUAAACCAAAUGGCAAAUGAGUUAGAUAAACUAGAAAAAUGGUCAGAGUUGUGGCAGCUGACAUUUAAUGUGGAUAAGUGCAAGAUAAUGCAUCUUGGAUGUAAAACCCCAAGGUAGAGAAUAGAAUAUUUGAUAAAGCCCUAGCUAUAAGAUAAGGCCAGGGACUAAAAAAAGUAUUUUGAAAAUUGGACAGACUAGAUGGACCGAAUGGCGCUUAUCUGCCGUCACUAUGUUUCUAUCCUGCCUGUAACAAGGACAGAAUUAUCAUACAUUUAUCCCGAUCUCUGUAAUCCUGAACUUGGAUUAAUCCAGACUAUUCUACACUAUCCUGCUUGUAACAAGGACAGAAGUAUCUUACAUUUAUUCCGAUCUCUGUAAUACUGACUGUGACGAACCGCCUGGCACUCCGACCGAGUACCUCCGUCAAUCGCUGCUUCCUAGUACUAACGAGUACCAUAAGCACUGUGCUGGAACACCAUAACUACUGCAAACCCCACGAACCGCCGCAGCUUGGUUGGGAUCUCGCUGUCUUCUACCCACCCUAGACCUAUGACCAGGAUCCAGCUUCCAGUGGGUAGACCUCUCUUAGUCCAGAGAGUAUAGCAGGAACAGCUCUUACAAGAGAUUAGUGAUUAUACUCAGGGGAGUAUAGUGAUUAUAGCAAUCCCCCAGAGUGUAGUUCUCCAUUCCUCCCAAACAUGAGCCAAAACUUUAUGAAGGUGCAAGAUGGUCUGAGAGUUUAAUGGUUCAGUUUGGCUUUUAUACAAUUCUCCAGGCCAGAGGAACACCCCCUGGAUCUGAUGGGGCACAGGAACACAAAGGACACAAACCAAUCAGAACAAACAUACAGUCUGUGACACGCCUAUGUACAGCACACAAUCCCUCCCCUCUGCUUGGGAGAUAAUUGAGUAAAGUCCUGUAAGUAACUCAAUUAUCUCCAGGCAGAAAAAACACAUUUUCACAAAGUUCAGAAAGUACCCCAAAACAUAACAUACCCCCCAAAAAAUGAUAAAUCCCCGGAUAGCCCUCAUCUGGGUGAACAACAUAUCCAAAAAUCACCCAGAUCGGUUCAGGGGUUCAGGAAUUUCCCGGAAGUCAUAGUUUUGACCGACCCCAAGCAUGGCCCCAUGCUAAAAAAAAUUCCAGGGAAAUCAGUGCUAGCAGUCGGUCAAGUGUGGUAGUCUUUUACAGGUUUCCCUGCAGGGCCCAUAGUCUGUGGGCAGGAGGCUGGCAAGCAGGCACCUCCAGGAGCUCAUGGCAAACUCACUUGGAGAAGGGAAUUUGUCACACUGACCUCAGGUUGUUUCUGACUAUUCUAAUCUCUGCUGCCUGUUAUUUUACAUUGAAAAUCAACUUGGGAUGAGUUUUAUAUUACUCAAUCUUUAGCCAUAUAGCAGAUAGUUAUUAAGUAGUAUUUGUUUUUAAACAUUUUACGUUAUGAGAGCUAUAAGUGAUUCAUUUACUUUUCUUUAAAUUUACUAGUUUACUUUUUCCCUUCAGACUCUUUCAGCAAGACCUGUCCUGUUCUCGAGACCUUGAGGGGCAUCAUCUCUGAUCCAGCAAACACAGCUUGUGUACCUUUAAAAAGCAUCCUGGGCACAACAUGCUCUCCACAAGAUGGGGCAGGAGCCUUGUGUCCUAGACUCACCCGUCUGUUUUGCAUCCUUGUUUUGCCUGAGUUGGGUCCAGAGUCUCUGUUGAGUGUGUUCACCCUGCAUCUGACAACAUGGUUGAAGAAGACACUAUCUAUGCCUCAUGCUUUAUUUCUUGGUAAAGCCAUUGGUCGAGCAACAGUAAAUCUGUACAACAAAGUGAUACACACUAUCCCCCCACAUUACUGCUUCUCUCUGCAUCACAUUCAUAGAUUAAUAAACAGCAUAACUCUACUGUGUUCAGCCCCAGGGCCCCAUCUCUCCCCACAUUUUCAACAUUCCCUCCCUGCUGCUCUGCUCACCACAUUGGGCAUUGUCCGCCUUUGGAUGCAUGAGGCUUUGCGCACCUUUGGCGAUAUCCUGGAGGAUGAUAGAGAGAAGCUAGCAUUCAGUGAGCAUCUGCUGAUGUGUGCAGUGCAGGAAUUUUGUCCCUUGGGGGCCCAGGAUGGAGCUCCAGAAAAGAGCCACCCAGUUGCUCAGGAUGGAGCUCCAGAGAAGAACCAGCCAGGGUCCCAGGAUGGAGCUAUGGUGGUGGACCAGCUAGGAGCACAGAAUAGAGGUCUGGAAAUGAACCACCCAGAGAAUAACAACCAAAAUAUGUGCAUCAGGGAUGGCAUUAAGCAUGAAAUAUCAGAUAGAGAGAGUGAGCAGAUAAGGAGUCAGGAGAGGACAGCUGAUGCACCUUGUACAUCUCACACCUCAACAAACCCCUCUGCUAAUGAGGAAUAUCUCCUUCCAUCUUAUCUAUUAAAUGAGACACCUCUGCAAGACCUGACCUUCUCCCAUUCACUGGUAUCUGGCACACAACAAAGAGGAGAGCUUCCCACAUAUAAGGAGCAGUCAGGAUCGUCCUACUUUAUAAAGCAAUCAGCUGGCCUGAUACUCUGUCCUCAGGACCUGCAGCAUAUUGUCCGUCUAACCCGUGUGCUGGUCCUGCCUCAGGGUCACCUAGCACUGUGCUCUCAGUGCCCUGCUACAGGAAGAAGGAGUUUGGCAAAGUUAGCAGCACAGCUCACCCAAUGCUCAUUGGUGGAGCUCUGUGGAAAAGAGAUGGAUGAUGAGCGCUAUGCUCUGUACAGGAAGGCAUGUUAUAAAGCCAGUGUUUUAGGUGGCUCAACUGCAUUCCUGGUGCAUGAAGGAGCCCCAAUAAGGUUUUUAAUUGAGCUUUCAGCUCUGAUAAGUGAAGGAACCAUCCUAGGACUUCAUAAUGCAGACCAAGAGGAUCAAAUCCUGAAAGAUCUACAGCAACGUGAGAGGAGCAGAAAUAAGAGAUACAACAAAGAAACACUGAGAGAGAGGUAAGCAGGUACAGGUGACAGCAAGAAGGUGUGCUGUCAUUAGAAUAGUGAGAAGGAGCUCUGUUAUGAGAACAGAGAGAGACAGGGUGAGAAGAAGCUCUGUUACUAGAAUGGGGAGAGACAGGGUGAGAAGGAGCUCUGUUACUAGAAUGGGAAGAGACAGGGUGAGAAGGAGCUCUGUUAUUAGAACGGAGAGAGACAGGGUGAGAAGGAGCUCUGUUACUUGAAUGGGGAGAGACAGGCUGAGAAGGAUCUCUGUUAUUAGAACAGGGGACAGACAGGGUGAGAAGGAGCUCUAUUAUUAGAACAGGGGGCAGACUGGGUGAGGAGGAGCUCUGUUAGAACAGGGACAGGACAGAAACAGAGAAUGUGACGGCAGAUAAGAACCAUUCGGCCCAUCUAGUCUGCCCAAUUUUCUAAAUACUUUCAUAGUCCCUAGCCUUAUCUUAUAGUUAGGAUAGCCUUAUGCCUAUCCCACGCAUGCUUAAACUCCUUUACUGUGUUAACCUCUACCACUUCAGCUGGAAGGCUAUUCCGUGCAUCCACUAGGAGCUCUGUUAUUACAACAGGGGGCAAGCAGGGUGAGAAGGAGCUCUGUUAUUAGAACAGAGGACGAGCGGGGUGAGAAGGAGCUCUGUUAUUAGAACAGGGGACAGACGAGGUUACAGUUGGAGUUAAUUUAGACAGAUUACAGACGAUGGUGUCCACACAGACUGAUUACAGUAUGCUAUAAUGAUACAUAGUUACAUAUAAUCCCUGUGCGUAGUGUAUCAGUCACACAUAGUUACAUAUAAUCCCUGUGUCUAGUGUAUCCAUUGUGUACCAGUCACACAUAGUUACAUAUAAUCCCCGUGUGUAGUGUAUCCAUUGUGUACCAGUCACACAUAGUUACAUAUAAUCCCUGUGUGUAGUGUAUCAGUCACACAUAGUUACAUAUAAUCCCUGUGUGUAGUGUAUCAGUCACACAUAGUUACAUAUAAUCCCUGUGUCUAGUGUAUCCAUUGUGUAUCAGUCACACAUAGUUACAUAUAAUCCCCGUGUGUAGUGUAUCCAUUGUGUACCAGUCACACAUAGUUACAUAUAAUCCCUGUGUGUAGUGUAUCAGUCACACAUAGUUACAUAUAAUCCCUGUGUGUAGUGUAUCCAUUGUGUACCAGUCACACAUAGUUACAUAUAAUCCCUGUGUGUAGUGUAUCCAUUGUGUACCAGUCACACAUAGUUACAUAUAAUCCCUGUGUGUAGUGUAUCAGUCACACAUAGUUACAUAUAAUCCCUGUGUGUAGUGUAUCUAUUGUGUACCAGUCACACAUAGUUACAUAUAAUCCCUGUGUGUAGUGUAUCUAUUGUGUACCAGUCACAGAUAGUUACAUAUAAUCCCUGUGUGUAGUGUAUCUAUUGUGUACCAGUCACAGAUAGUUACAUAUAAUCCCUGUGUGUAGUGUAUCCAUUGUGUACCAGUCACACAUAGUUACAUAUAAUCCCUGUGUGUAGUGUAUCAGUCACACAUAGUUACAUAUAAUCCCUGUGUGUAGUGUAUCCAUUGUGUACCAGUCACACAUAGUUACAUAUAAUCCCUGUGUGUAGUGUAUCAGUCACACAUAGUUACAUAUAAUCCCUGUGUGUAGUGUAUCCAUUGUGUACCAGUCACACAUAGUUACAUAUAAUCCCUGUGUGUAGUGUAUCCAUUGUGUACCAGUCACACAUAGUUACAUAUAAUCCCUGUGUGUAGUGUAUCAGUCACACAUAGUUACAUAUAAUCCCUGUGUGUAGUGUAUCUAUUGUGUACCAGUCACAGAUAGUUACAUAUAAUCCCUGUGUGUAGUGUAUCCAUUGUGUACCAGUCACACAUAGUUACAUAUAAUCCCUGUGUGUAGUGUAUCCAUUGUGUACCAGUCACACAUAGUUACAUAUAAUCCCUGUGUGUAGUGUAUCCAUUGUGUAGCAGUCACACAUAGUUACAUAUAAUCCCUGUGUGUAGUGUAUCCAUUGUGUACCAGUCACACAGGGUUACAAUGGUUAACAAUGGGUUACAGUGAAAGGUGGCAUAAAUCGUGGUUUAUUGACCCUAGUUUCUGUUGUAGGUUCUGUCAGCGUGUUCGCAGGUAUCUUCAUGUUCUAUUACUGCAGAAUAUUUCUCAGUUUAGUUCAGUCCAGAAAUGUCCCCUAUACCAAUUCCUGAACAAUGAUCAAUACGAGCCAUGGAGCCUUCACUCUCUGCAGCACAUCGCACAGAAGCUUCUAGGAGAGGAACACCAGACACCAGGUAAGAAUGUCCUUAAUUUCACACGGUUGUAGAUAUCAUGACUCUUCAUAUUGAGGACAAAUGUCCAAGGUGGAACAAAUGAAUGUUCCUUUAAAUCACCUAACUUCAGAACACCAGCCAAGAGACUCGCUAUGUUCCAGUCUGUCUAUCUCUGAGAGACUCUUUAUGUUCCAGACUGUCCUGUCUCUGGGAGACUCGCUAUGUCCCAGUCUGUCCUGUCUCUGGGAGACUCGCUGUGUUCCAAUCUGCGCUGUUUCUGGGAGACUCGCUAUGUUCCAGUCUGUCCUGUAUUUGGGAGACUCGCCGUGUUCCAGUCUGUGCUGUCUCUGGGAGACACACUAUGUUCCAGUCUGUGCUAUCUCUGGGAGACUCUCUAUGUUCCAGAUUGUCCUGUCUCUGGAAAACUCGCUAUGUUCAAGUCUCUCUAUCUCUGGGAGACUUGCUAUCUUCCAGUCUGUCCUGUCUCUGGGAGACUCGCUAUGUUCCAGUCUGUGCUAUAUCUGGGAGACUAGCUAUGUUCCAGUCUGUCCUGUUUCUGGGAUACUUGUUGUGUUCCAGUCUGUCCUGUCUCUUGGAGGCUUGCUAUGUUUCAGUGUGUGCUUUUUUUGUGAGACUUGCUGUUUUCCAGUCUGUACUGUCUUUGGGAGACAUACUAUGUUCCAGUCUUUCUAUCUCUGGGAGACUAGCUAUGUUCCAGUCUGUCCUGUCUCUGGCAGACUAGCUAUGUUCCAGUCUGUGCUGUCUCUGGGAGACUCGUUGUCUUCCAGUCUGUGCUGUCUCUGGGAGAUUCUCUUUAUGUUCCAGUCUGUCCCGUCCUGGAAUACUUGCUAUGUUUCAGUCUCUGGGAGACCUGCUAUGCUCCACUCUCUAUGUCUGGGAAACUCGCUAUGUUCCAGUCUGUCCUGUAUCUGGGAGUCUCGCUGUUUUCCAGUCUGUGCUGUCUCUGGGAGAUUCUCUUUAUGUUCCAGUCUGUCCUGUCCUGGAAGACUUGCUGUGUUCCAGACUGUCCUGUCUCUGAGAGACUCGCUGUGUUCCAGUCUGUCCUGUCUCUGA